AUCGAAAACCAAACCUUGUCUGAGGUGGAACUUUUCCGCUCUUUCCACGUUCAGUAAUCUGACACCCAAAAGACUCCGAGCUGAAGGAUGGACUCUUAACUCGGGCUGGAGGGACGGAAGGAAGGAGCAGUCAUCCAACGAGCGCAGACGAGAGGGGCCGAGCUGAAGCGAGAACGCUGUGCGCAAAGAACAACCCCGUGGCUGCAGCAGCUGAGAGGAGUAGAGCUGGGUGCCUGUGCGUCCCCCCAAAAAAAUAACUGGCCCCGACGGAGUCUAAUGAUCUCAAAGCGACAAGUUCACUUCACACAGGCGGAUGGGUGACUUUCCACGGCGCUUUGUGAGGAGGAGAUGAUGAAGAAUUUUAACAGCAGUCCCCUUCACAGCAACAACCCGACUCCAAACCACAUCAGAGAGCGAAACAACAGAAAGUACAGCAGCUUACUCUCUGCGAUACCGUUGCGAUUUUCCUUACGGGGUUAUGGUUUCUGCAUGGCUACGCUCUUCUUCUUCUGUUUCGGCUCCCUUUUUUACCAGCUGAACGGAGGACCCCCGAAAAUCCUGCUGGACAUCCGACAGUAUCUCGGUAAGAACUUUUCCCUUUUCUUCUGGUGGCUGAAGCGCGUGAUCUUCAAAGAUUUUUUUUUUUUUUUUUGGAUAAAAAGUUGCAGUGCAUGUCUAGCCGCCCUGAAGAGAAACAUUGGUGCACCACUGAAUGAGAGAUGCGAGUGUCUCUUUUAGGAAACUCUCCAGAGGCCAACGUGGCUGUCUUGAAUCUGCCUGACCAUUCAUAAUCUUCAAAGCACACAGAAAACCUGUGUGUGAGAGGUUUGCAUUUACACAGCUGAUGACAUUUAAAAGUUAACCAGAGGCUCAAAUUUGAGUUCAAGACCUGAGGGAAGUGUUCCCCUUUGCACCAUUUCAAUAUCCGCCGUGACUUGUCAGUGCAUGGUUGGGUCUCUUAUGGUAACAAGAACGUAGCGACUGUUCAGAUUGAUACAGUGAGUGUGAAUGCUGACUGACACCUCUUCUUGUGGAGCCAGCUGGUGCGCUCCAGCUACACAGCGCUCAUUACGCACGGCUGGCACCGGCGGAACAAGGCGCAAUAGUGUUCCUACGGGCAAAUUUAUGCUGGUGUUUGGAGACAGCCAAGCAUUCUGUGUCGUGAGCUUGACAGUUCUAUAAUUGAUACAGUGAGAGGCAUGUGGAGCUGUUGUUUUAAGGAGGAGGUUGCCAAGUGUUUCUACAUCAAAGAGCCAAGUUUCCAAUUUAAAAUAUUAAGUCCUGAAGGAGCAUGUUUUUGUUUGAAUAUGAUUUGGCGCAGUAUUACUUUCAUAAUAACUCUAUUCACUGUUGAUGAAAGUGGGUAAGACCCGUGGUAAAAACAGCCUUAAGUGUGGCUUCAUCUGCAUAUCUGUGCUAUCUUUUGGCCUUAAGGAUGUAUCAAGUGUCAAGAAAAGGAAGUUUGUGGUUGUGGUCUGUUAAUACUUACCUGAACAGACACAACAAACACUGAGACAGCAUUUCCUCUGAUGAAACUUUGCAGUCUAAUUGGAUUUAGAAAUCCCAGCAGUCUGUACAUGUUUCUCUCUGUUUCCUGGUAAAAACAAAGCUACCGCAUGCACAGGCGGCGGUUAGGUUCUCACUAAGAGCUCUCCGCUUCUGGGAAAAGCAAACAAGCUCACUAACUAAAGCUAUCUGCCAAAUCUGGAACAUCCUUUAACAUACAGAGAUGUUCAAAUCUGUAAUAUAUGUGUGUGUCUAAAUGUGUAGUAUGAGCUCAGAAAGCCAUUGCAAUAAAAUGGAAUUCAGAAGCAACAAUAUACAGAGAGACAUUACUAGCAUGGGAACAUAUGUGCAUCAUGAGUGUGAGGAAUCCCUCUAUCAGAAGUUGUAUAAUGUCGAGGUCCACCUGCAUGACAAGUCCUGUAGAAACCCUGAGAAGCCUGCAUCUUGUCAAAGACUAAAUCCUCUAUACUCUACUGACUACAGGAGGAGGGCUUCCUUAUGUAACACAGACAAAAGCAGACUGUAGACCCUUCCCUGGGGGUCUCGAUGAGUAAUCUCCUCCACUUUUGAUGCUGGUGCAAGAAUAAAGAGUCCUGUACUAGAUGGGUUUUCCCAUCUGUUAUCUUUGAUGUAAUGUGCAGCACUUUGGUUAACUUUGCUGUGUGCCAUUUUAAUAAAAUGAAUUGGACUGGAAAGAUUUAGAAUCUGCCAGUUGAAAUAAAUCUGUUGAAUUUUUAUCAAACUUUCAGGUUACUUAAAAAAGCUUUCCAGAGGAACUUUUUAUGGUUUAUUAAAUGGCUGUAUGAAGAGAUGGCCACUCCCUAAGAGUGAAGCUGAACAUUUGGAGCUCAUCCUGACUAGGGAUGUGUCGAUAUACGAUUUUAAAUGGCCGCGAUGACGAAAUCGUAAGGUACUGUAAUAAUCGUUCCAAAAUGAUAAUUUAAAGACGAGUGGCAGCGUCACUCAGCGGAGGUGAGUGAAGCCGAGUACUUACCAACCUAACCCGCUUGUAGUCUUACCCAAAACCUCAGUAGCAAAAUGUACAAACAAACCACCACCAAAGUAGUCCCAACUCCAAAAUAACUCUUGAAUUAAGCACAUUAAUGCCAGCCUAACAAAAACAGGAACAUUAAAAGAGAAAAUGAAGAAAUUUUACAGCAAAAUGCAUGGCCACUCACAAUGCAUUGCGGCCACCCAAAGCACUGUUGGAGCGUGUCCACAAUGCAUCCCAUCCGCUCAUUAGCUUCUUAAAGUGGAGGAGAUAUGAUCUGAUAUUUUAAAAAACACGAGUAUUGGAUCAUGACAACAUGUCAAAUGGAGCAGCAAACUUUCCCCCUGUUUUUAUGUGUCCCAAAAAUGCAUAUAGAGAUGUACUUGGGUACAUAAACUGUACAGUAAGCUGGUAGAGAGCAAUAUAUUUUCGGGACAGCAAAUAUUCCGAAUCAGAGGGCUAUUGUUUUCGGCUUAUCUGAAUAGUCUCAAUGAAAUCAUUAAAGGUACACGCGUUUGAAUCCACCCAAAUGUAAGAAAAACUUUUCUAUUUCGCCUUGUUAUGGACUUUCAACAGUGCUCCCGUCAGGGGUUCAUUCAAUGGCAGGGGUUCGUUCUACAUCAUAACACCGGACCAAGAACAGUCGGAGACUGAGAAUGACGAAACACCUCGGCUGUAUCCUCCUAUUAAAAAGGUUUCGUUGGCAGUAUGUACGUUUAACGGCUUCACAAAACAGACGGAGCAGGUAAACCUGACACCGAUCUGCAGGUUAUGCCGUAGGGAAUUUGCAGCGCCGUUGUGUAACACUUCAAACCUACGUGCCUACCUCUGUGAACACCAUCCAUUAUUGUUCGCCCAAAUUUAGGUAAAAACAACAUGACCGCAACAAGUUUGGUCUACUCUACUGCUUAUUAUUGACAACGUUAAUGACGUUUCUGCUAACUUUCGCUCCAAAAAGCUAAUGCUCCCAACGUCACAUUAGCUGCCUCUUGCUUAUAUUGUUCGUGCGUGUCAUGCUGUGCACAGAGAAGUGAUUUCGCAGUUUUUUUGCCACUUUUAAUAAUGUUAAAAGCAAUGCGCUAAUAUUGUGAUAAUAUCAUGUAUCGUGAUAUUAAAUUUUUCAUAUCAGCACAUGCCUAACCCUGACAGACAGGUUUCAGCAAAGGGUCUGAAGCUCUCUCCAUGUUGGCAGAUGGGCCAAAUUAUAAAAUGUAAAUACAGUUGUGCAUUUCUGUCAGUAUAGCUAGCUUUUUAUCAUGCUAACCCAUCUUAUUUUUUGUGACAGUUUAUUUGUUACGUUAGGCUGUCAAGUGAGUAUGAAAUACUACUAGUGACAGAUCUGUAAACACAAUAGGCUUCUGUGGCACUGUUUGCAAUAGACUACCAGUGAAAAGGAAGGAAUGGAGAGAGGACAGAGUAGCCCCUAGGUUGUUGAAAUGCAAUUUAAUGAAGCUUUUGAAAGCUCAGUAAUUUUUUGCAGCACUCACAGGACAGCUGAAAAGUCCUGAAAUAUUGAAUCAGGGUUAGGAGAGAUGAGGGGAUGACAUGCGGCAAAAAGGCAAGGUCACAGCCAAAUCAUUGGCCCCUGUAAUAGCUUAGGCCUCUAUAUAUGAGGUGCAUGCGUUAGCCACAUAGCCAGACCAGCUUUGCCAGCUUUUGCAGAUUUAUUACGGAGUUACGGGAUGUUUUUGGUCAGAUGAUAUCAUGGUUCUGCUGACUAAGCCAUACUGAGCAGACUUUGGUUUCAAAACAUGUUACCAGUGCAUUAGGUCAGCAUGUAUUACUGGGGGAUUUUGUCUUCAUUUUUGCAAAGCAGGAUAAGUUGGAGAUGAGUCUUCAGUGUACAGUUAAUGUGUCCAUUAUAAGAGGCAGGAUGUUGGGUAGGAGAGAGGAGAAGCUGUAAAUCAAUAUGUUUGAUGUGGUCUGCUUAUUGCCCUAAUUCCAUAGAAAUGUGUAGUCUAAUGCACUUAGAGAAAUCUGUGGCAAAAGGGGGAAACUUUCAGAGCUCACAGAAUGUGCACAAUAUUUCGUGGCAAAAUUUCUCACACUGAACCCUGAGAGAAAAUUUGAAAGAAAACAAUUCUUUGCAAAGAAAUAUUCACGGUUUUCUCCUUUUUAUCACUUACUGUCCUUUAAAUUAUUAAGACCCAAUGUCUAGCUCCAUCUCCAUCUCUCUCAAUCUCCAUUCUACUAAGUCUUUGCCUCAUACAUCAAGGACUGGUGAGUCAGCAACCAAACUUCUCACCCCAGGAACAGGAAUUAGGGAAAAAUAUCAAAUUAAUAAUUUAGCAUUUUUGAGCAAGUGUUGCAAAGUAAAUGUGUGUGUGUGUGUGUGUGUGUGUGUGUGUGUGUGUGUGUGUGUGUGUGUGUGUGUGUGUGUGUGUGUGAUGGAUGAGCCGAUGAGCGUCCAGUAAUCAGCUGAUUUAUUUACUUUCAGCUGCCUUCUGUUACUCUUGCCUGCAUUAUGUCAGAUAAAGGUGAGGGUUCCUGGUGGGAUUAUUGACUGUGGGUGUGUGUGGGAAACAGAAUAGUGGUUUGAUUUUGUCAGAGUGUACAAGCUGAGUGUGUGACUCUCAGUUGGACGUGCUGCUGAGGGAACAGAGCCUGUUUUGUUUGGGCUGGAGGGGAGGUUGGUGUGUGAAAGUGUCACUCAACGUAAAGCUGCAGUAAGUGAAACGUGCAGACCUUUAGACCAGGAUUGACAGCGUGCCAGCCACUGUGUGUUCCUCAUCACUGACUUGCUCUCAUGCUUCCUUGAUUUUUGUUUCCCUCUCACAUACAAACACACUGACCUUCAAACAAUCCAGCUUCUUUGCCAAAAAGCUUUUAUUUGAUUGCCAGUUCGGAGAGGGCCAGAUUGCAGUGGCUGCUUGCAGGGCUCUCGAAAACCCCUCAUCCUAUUGACUCUGCUUCCUUGGCUCCACAGUAACACACCUGCCAAGUGUGAACUAGAUCUAGUGAAUUGUUCUGUUGUUGUGCAUAGGACCAUCAAAUACACAAACACACAGAAAGACAGACAAAGAUUCCCUCUGUUAUAGUAGGAUGCUGCCAGUAUACUUUGGCCACCAAGUACACAAAUGCCACGAAAUUUGUUUUUGUAUCUCUCAUUUCAAAUUGACACAUUUCCACCAAAUACAGCUCCAAUGGGAUAUUCAUGAGGUACAGUAACCCACUAUCUAAAUAUCAUCCAAGCCCACACUAUUUGAGAGAACGUUGAGGUCUAGUUGGAGCAAGGCUGAAUUGAGAAAAUCUUGAGAAAAAUUGAGAAGAAAAGAUGUUAUUUGCCGAAAUUGAUGAGGAUGGUUCCAAAUUUCCAUGUAGUGGAGCCAAAAAUCCUGUCUGGGAAGAAAUUUGGAAUGGUGUCAACCAUCCGUGUGACUUAAGUUUCUAAAACUUGUGCUUCAAAAGCUACAGACUACAGUGUUACUUCCUCUUUAAAACUGCUACCAGCAAACCAAAUCACAUAAACUCUAACCCUACACUCCUUUGGCUCCUCAGCAAUGGCCUAUCCAAAUGUGAGGUGGAUCAGGUGAAUGGCUGUGAAGAAAGUCAGCCUACAAAGAAACAAAACUUCCUCCUCUUAUAGUCAGACGUGCCUGUGAUGCUCAAGUGUGUGUGUCUUCAUGUGUGAAUGCACCUCAAACCGGACUGUGCUGCAGUGAUUCCCCCCUGAUAUUUGUCUUGGCUGAAUAGGAAGGUAUCAGACCGAGACAUGAUUAAAUUCAGUUUUAGAGGAAGGUAAGACAGCUUGUUUCACUGCUGUAUGCCUCCUUGACUGUUCACAGGUCAUCUGGGAAACAUUGAUGCAGAUCUAAAAUUGUUCAAUAUGUGAAUUACCCACGAGUAGUAAUCUUAUUAUUGUACCAUGUGUCAGUGGCCUUCCAGUCCAAAACAGUGCUCACAAGACACCAUUAUUUGAAAAGACAGACAGAAAUACAGAAGAACAUCUGUUAGAAAUAAGACACAAAUUAAACAUAUCAAAACUUUGAGAGACAGAUAAGGAUUUACAUCAGAUUAUUUCACAAGAGCUGAGAAAUUUUUGUUCUGGGUUUUCUGCACUUGUUGUUAUGAAGAUAAUAAGGGAGUACAUUCUCCUGAUACAAAAUUAAACCUAUCUCAUACAGCCAAGACACUGCUAAGUGUCCCACCUGACUGCAGCAAAUCCUGUCAUCUCUAAGGCCAGCUGGAAGGUUAGCUGUUCUCAAGUGUGCAAGUACAGAUCAUAGACCUUCGACCUUUGCUUGAUUUGCUGUAGGCUCAGGACUGUAAAUACCUGUAUAUUGGUUCAUCUACAUGAAUGCAUCUCCAGUUUGACAAGAAAUUUGUCGUCCAUGUUUCAAGGAACUUUAUUAGAAGAAACUCUCCUAGUUUUGGUCAAAAUCUAAUAAAGUAUUAUGAAAGUAAAUAUAAAAGGACCAAGCAAAGUCCAGGCACUACCAGUUUUGAACAACAUGCAACAACAUGUGUUUGACUCUUUUAACUUCUCUCCAACUCUCUUACAACUUUGGAGACAUUUACACACUAGUUUGAUCUCAGUUUUAUCAUAAAUCCAGGGAAUGUGAAUGUAAGAAUUUUUACUAUUUUUUACUUUUGGUAGAUUGCUAUCAUUACUCUUUAUCUAUUAUUGUUAUUUUGACACUUUGCUAUCUUAAAAAUUUAGCUUUUUACUGGUGUAAUUUCUUUGCCAGCUUUCUCUCUCUGUCAUGAUUUCCUACAUCGCCGUUGUGGUACAUUUUCACUAUAUCACCAUUUUGACUUUUUUGCCUUUUCUUUAUUUUUCUAGCAUCUCUGUUUCUGUGUCUUUUUAAACACUUAACCAUUUUUUGGCAUUUUCUCUCAUUUGCUGUUCUUACAACUUGGCAUUUUUUGCUUCUUUUCCACUUGUACUGCUUUUGCUGUUUACAUUUCUUUGCUGUUUUAACUACUUUGCCUAUUUUUGGUACUUUAUUAUUUUUGCUUGUGCACCUUGUUUCUCAAGAGAAGAAGGGAACUCAAAUGUAUUCCUCUGUAUUUCCUCUAAUCUUUGAAUGAAUAGAUUAAAUCCAGGGUGUAUGAGACCCUAGAUAUUUGAAUAGAUGAUGUACUGCACUUCUUAGGACUGUUAAGUACACAGGUCUUUUUCUGUGUUCGUUUGUUGUUACAGUUCUGCAUUUCUCUGCCAUAAAUCAUAAACACCAGCCACUUGGUGAGCCUGUCAGUCUCUCACAAAUAUUGCUCACUUCUCAAAAGAACUCUGUAACCUUCAUACAGUCACACACAUAAAUUUAACCAGCCAGAAGCUGUCCAGGGAAAGUGCUGGAGGUGCAGACUGCAAGGCGGAGGAGGGGAUUAGACAGGUAUGUGAGCAGACACAGGAGACACUUCAGAAUACCUCUCCUCCCUUCAAUUCAUGUCUUAUUUACCACAGCGCUGGGCAGGAAGUGUCAGAAGUAAACUGUUGAAGUGGGUUUAAAAAAGUUUCAUUGUUUUGGACUUGAGACAGUCCAAUAUGUGCUUCAAAUAAACUUGUAUGUAUAUAAAGACUAGGGGCUCUAUUUUCGUGGCCGCCGGCGACGCGGCAGAGGGUGGCAGACCCCGUGCAGUGGUAUUUUUGCCAGUUAGGUAUUUUCGUGGACUCAAGCGCAUCGAGGUCCGCCAAGCUGGGCGUGGUGGUGUGGCAGGGGGAGGUGUUGACAGAAUCAGCGGGCGCAGUGACAUUUUCGUGCUCACCGCCGGCGUGAAAAGUGCACUGAAAGCUUGCCGAUUCAAACCUGGUCAGCUUUCAGCACAGGCGGAGCGCAGCUGGUCUAGUGGUAUUUUGGUAGACUGGCGGCAUAUCGGCAUACGCCACCGAUGCCUCACCGGCAGGUUUCACAUUUCAGUGCAAUAAAUAAUCAACAACUAAUAAUAAGGAGGAUGUGAGAACCCCCAGUUUAAUGGAGACGAAACAAACUCAGAACACUUCAGUCAUGCAGUUUGUGACCUCUUACAGACAGAUGCAAACAGACAGAAUUUAAAAAAAAAGCAGUGAGUGAUUUACUUUACUGAAUUAAAGAUUUUAAAACCUGACAUCUUUGACCUGUAACUUAAUACAAAUAUGUAUGUUCUGCAGAUGAGACAAAAAUACAGUCUUAAAUUCCUGUCACACACCCAAAGUUUAAAAAUAUUUACCUGCUGAGAAAUACAACACAAUACAGAAAAGAACUAAAUGGUCAUAUUUCUACUCUACCUCUGAAUAUGAUCUUGAUCUUGACUGUCACAUAUACAGAUGUGUACCAUAAGAAAAAAAUAAAAUAAAAGAAAAUAAUGAUAGAAGUAAUUAUAAUAAAGCUAGUACAGGAGUCUGAAACCAGCAUUCUCUCUAAUGGACAGAGAGGGGCCACACUGUUUACGGAGGAAAGUGACAUGGUAUUAGCCUUUGUGAGUGAUAGACAACUUUUCAAGGCUUUAGGUAUAGCCAUAGUCACAUUCUGAGUGGAUAAUUGUUUGCUUCCUGGCACGGUUACCUGUGACAGAUAAGUAACUUUCUCAAGGACAGAGGCUUGGCGAUAUGACCAACUCCCUUCGUCUGAAUUUGGUCACUUCUACCCACCCAAAAAGACAGCCCAAAUAUCAUAGCUGCAAACUCUACUUCCUAAUAGCCUAUGAUUGUUUGAUUUUUAUUUUUAAUUCUUGCAGUGUAUCUUGUGUACAUGUUCAAACCCACUCCUCUGUGUCCUCAGCUAUAAGUCUUUUUUUUAAAGCAGCAUCACCGUCAUUUUCCCCAUUCUCCUCUGUAGAGCACAGACCUAUAAGUCAGAGGCAUGUUCUACUAACCUCUAAUCUGACCUACCCUCAUUUGCUUGAGUAAGAUUAAAACAUACUUAGUCACACACGUAUUCUACACUCACUGUUUUACUCAGACACACACUGUUGUGAGGAAACAGUUGCACUAACUACACACAUGCAAAAGAGCUUUGUUGAGGGAGCCAGACAUGCAAGUGUGAUUUUUGGAGCAAACUCAGUGCUCCUUUUGCACCAGAACGCCCACUUCCUGUUAGAGGAUAUUAAAAACAAGGCCCUUAUUUCAUCUAGUCACUUUUUUGUUCUACAAAAUGGCAAAUUUAUUGCACUGAAUCUCGGACUGAAAUGAUAAAGUGAGUCUGUGCUACAAGGAAAUCUACCAGUGUCAAAUAAAAUCAGGCAGAGGGUGGUAGAGCCAUCAAUCAGCAAUUUAAAAUAUUUUAAAAACAAGGUUGCCAGGUGUGGACCAGUGAGACUCAUGGAAAAAUACCAUAACCGUGCAUUUAUUUUGUACUCCUUUUUAUUUUGUGUUUACAUGAGCAAUGUUUGAACCAAGGUGGCAAACCAAAGCAAAAUAUGUAACUCUAUUUUACAUAAAGGCUGCUUCAGGGUAAUUGAAUUUUAGGGGCUGUAGAUAGAAUAAUAUUUUUGCAUCCAUCCAACACCUCCAGCUGACAGGGCUCAUUAGUAGGUGAAGGCAGGACAACUUGGCCUUCUUCCCCACCUACUGUACAUUUGCCUUCAUGAAAGUGUUGAGGAAAACUAAGCAUUACCUCCAACAGACCCCAAAAUGACUCCUAACUGGCGUCACAUCCAGCCUAAAUGCCAAAACAAUCAGACAGCUCGUAAUUCCCUGUGGGCUGGUAAUACAAGCAGCCCUCUCCACUAAGCAGAGGCCAGCCGUGCUCUGUUUGUUUACCUGCUUUCUAACGUGCAUGCCAGCUUGUUAAUUGGGUUUAAGGGUCAAUAAAGGGAUAAUACUGGAGGGGGAACUAAAGAAAAAAAGACUCACUGUGCUCUGAUUUUAAUUUAGGGAUUUAAAAAUAAACAAAAGCAUAAAUUAGAUUCAGACUUCACGAUCGUUUCAGGCUCGAGGAUCAGCCUGCAGUGGUUGGAUUAGCAUAUUUUCUUUUUUAAAAAGCUGUGAUGAUUAUUUGCUUGUCUUGUUUUCUGAACUGAAAUAUGAAAUGAUUAGAAAAAUAUCUUCAUGUUGACCCUGGGAUUACAUAAUAGAGGCAAUUAGCCUCACCAAUUAGUAUCGCAAUGCCUGAGAGGCUGCUUAUGCCCUCUCCAGAGAGAUGGGCAAAUAGUAAAACAACACAGGGUAAUUAUCCUCCAUUAGAGCAUUUGUUUUCACCACAUGAAAAGGAGAGCUGAUAAAGAAAAAAUGCUACAAGGCUGUUAAACCAUGACUGCUGUUCAAAGCUUGCUGAGCGACGACAGAUUGGACUGAAAUCCAAGAUUCAUUUGUUGGGAGAGGUUUGAUGGACAUGUGGUGGGCUACUGCAUUUGACAAAUAACCUUAAAAUACCGAAUACAUACAGUCGUUGUCAAUUACUGUACAGAGCUGGGAAACCUAGCAUAUAUAAUAAAUUCAACAUUUUCAUCGUUCAUUUACUGCUUUAUGGGGUAUUUCUUUUUUCGUAACCCUUUUUCUAGUCUUUGUGCUCGUCAUCUGUUGAAAAAAGCCAUACAGUAUAAACGUGAGAUCAUGAGGGCUGUGUUGGUCUACUGUGAUUCUUGGUUUACAUGAGGAUUUAUAUUGUUUUAAGUUAUCAGCUCAAGUUGAGAUUGUUUGGCACCUGAGUCUGAGACAAAUUUUUCCUGAGGGGGCAAUAAAGUGCAUCUUGUCAUAUCAUAUUGUAUCAUAUCAUAAUUCACCACUCUAAUGCAACACAACAUAACACAAUACAAGCCUUUAUUUCAGCUGUUUAUGCACUGAGUAGUGAAGAAUACUUGGUACAGCUCAGAAGUGUGGGUUGUUUUUGGCACUAUUUGGAGGGGUUGCCAGGACACUGAUGAUGGUUUCUUGUGGUGACUUUUAUGCUACCUCUUCUGGUGGUAUGUAAGAGGGUGGGUGGCUAAGUGCCCACAGCAACUGGGUGGUACCCUGACUGAUGCUUGUAAGAGAGCUACUACAUAAUGCAGAUCCCAUAAUUGAAAAGAUCAGCUCCAGGAUAAAUAGAGGUCCUUUGAAAAAAAGGUGUCUUUUUUAAUGCUGUUAGCUUUGAACAAGUUUGCAUUUAAGAUGAGCCCUCUAAUUUAAAUCCAGGUCCUUUUAUGACAGAUUAAGAAACACAAUAAUUGUAGUCCACUCAGGGAGCAAUGUUGGUUUUUGGAUUAGCAUAGCCUUCCCUGGUAUCUCUGUGCCCUGAUGUCGUUGGCCUGUUUUAGAAGUUUCUUUGCUUUCUUUGGCAAGUGUUAAAAUGCUCCACAUUCCUCUCUUUACUGCCACAGAACACCCAGUAUGUUACCUUCUUGUUUCUGUUUCAUCCAUUAUAAAUACUUGUCAUCAAACAGCUCCAAGUAAGCAAACAAUCAUGGUUCAAUUUGAUUCAAUAACUGAACGCUGAUUUUCUCCUCAGAGCCCAAGGUGGCAGACAUGCACCCCAAAGUCAAGUAAUUGGUCGUUAUGGGACUUGUCAGAAGAAAACAUGUUGUCCAGUGGUCACUGAAAUACCUUGUUCAAGGAGCAUGCCUAUCUUUAUUCUCUGUGAGUUUACCACAGCUCUUUUGCCAGCCUCUUUGAGGGCAAUGAAAUAAUAUAUAGUGGCUUAAAAUAGCAGCCUUAAAUAUAUAGCAGGGCAGAUAGAGCACCAAUGCCCAGCCCAUGUUGGUAAAACCACAAUGUGCUGGUUUGGAGGAAAUGUUGUGCCAUGCACUUCAAAGCUUGAAAUAGUCUGUGCCUUUUUAAGGUUCAGCUGAGUUCAGUGAGAAAGACAGUUUUUCCAUCAUUAGCUAUUAACUAAGGCUAUCAGCCUGAGUAAGUCUGCACAGUAAGGUAUACCAAAACUCUUCAAAACACCUUUGAGGAGUUUUGCAGUGGCCUCUUUGGGACCUUCAGAAAACAAACAAAAAAGACCAUCAGCAUCAAAACAAUUCCUGAAAUAUAGAUUUUAUUGCCCAAAACUGUUGCUAGGGGGUAGAUGUCAGACAGGUGAUGAUAGACAGCACCUUGAAGAAAAAGUGACACGUUUGACUGUUAAAAGAAAGCAGGGUGAUUUUUUCAAUACAACCCUACUGUCUGUUCCCCAUGUUUACUGUCUCUCUGCAGCUGUCAUAUCUGACGCACAGUGGCAGAGCCAGACUUUUUUGACAGGGGUGGCCAAAUCGGGGCACAGAUUUCAUUUGGGGUAUUAGCGAGAUACUAGUAUUACAAGAUAUAAGCAUUAGGGCUUGGUAGAGACCAAAACAAGGAAAAAGAAAAGAAUGAAAAGGCAUCAACAACAUGACUUUAAUAAAGUCCAAUGUAACAUGCUUGGAGACAAAUUUGCAAACCUAAAGUCCAACAUAUUAGGUUAAAAGGGGAACUGUCAUUUUCUCAUGUAACUUUUUGCCCCUUCCCCAACAGAUUUUCACAUCUAGUUGUUGUCAUUCAAUCUUUUAACUCCUCAUUAAUUUCAUUAGACCUUAUGCGGUCAUUUUACUGGCGAUUCUCUUUUAUAAACACAUCAAACGCUGUGGUUGUUGUGACUUUUCAAAGUAUUCUGCAAAUACGCAAAAUGCUACACCGAACCAUGCUAACCCUCUUUUACUCUGCUGUCAUUUGACAUAGACUGUGUAUCUUUUUUUAAUUGUAAAUGUCGACAAGAUGCUAAGAUAUUUCCCGCAAAUAUUUUGGGGGGUAUUGCUGUAAUACAGUUAAUUCACGACAGCCACAUGACUACAUAAUUUUUGGGGUCUGCACAAAAUUCAACUUAGAGACUAUUAAAAUUCUGAUAUCCUCAUUAUUUGUGUGAAAGUAUUUAGAUAUAAAUAUCUUCCAAAGCUUGUACUAGGUUGCAAAAUGAGCAUUACGACAAAGCUGGGAGAACAACCAUACAAACAUGCUUUCAUGCUAUUUCAGCUGCUGCACAGCUUACAUAAAAGAUUUAAUUGUUUCACUGAUUAUAUGCGACUGCUGCAAGAAAUGAAGCCUUUUUUAUUUUAUAGUGCUGUGACAUUUUUCUUGGUCUAGUCUAAGAGCUGCAUUGUUCGGGCCUUACACUGUAACUCGAAGGUUUUAUUUACUAGAAACAAACUCUUCACACAGCCUAGGAAGAGUGCAUUUAGUUUUAUGUAGAAGAGGAUAGCUUUUACAGAGCCACUCCACAUAUCUGAAGGCCAAGCUAAAUAAAGAGAAAACCUCCAAAGAUGUCUUGAAACCCCUUUCUGCACCCUUCCAAACAAAAACUUAUGCAACAGGUCUUUACAUCUGCACGCCACUCAGAGAGUCAUAACUCCAUAACAGAGGGGUAGAAAGAAGAAGCUGUCAACCUCAGGCUUUCUCUGGGUUCUCCAAAGUUUUAGAUGCCCUUUCAGGGGAAACUUUCAGUUUUUAUUAUCAUUUUACUCCUCUUUGUCAUCUGAGACAUAUACAAUAAGUGAACACUGAAAGUAUAUUUGGUUGGAAAUCUGCAGAUGUUUGUAUCAUGCAGCCAAUAUCUUAUGUAUUCUGUAUUCUGAUAUCUAAAAAGUCUUUAUGGACAGUUCUUCCUGUCUUUUUCGGUCUACUAUGUGUGCUUUAGACUUGGGAAUCUCUCAGCCCCUAUUCCAUCUUGCUUUGCCUUAAUACUUUUAUUAGAAGUGGCUCUUCCCAUUCCUACUUGCCCCAGGUAGAAUAGUACUGUAGCUAUCCUUAGAGAAUAACGAUAUUAAACUGCAAGAACUUUUUGCCUGAACUGAGACACAUUCAGGCAUUGAUGGCAAAAGGAGGGAGUGGAUGCUCUGAGGACGGCCUAAAAAGCAUUUUUGAAAUCUUACCAUGGAAUGUGGUCGUCCCCCGUGGAAAGCAAACCUCACCUCUGCCAAAUCUCACACCUCUGUCACAAAAUGUGCUCUCCUCUGAAAACCACCUUUGUCUCUUACUACUUCCCUCCCUCCCUCUCUUUUGCUGACCACCUUUCCUCUUUAAACUUGUCUCUCCUGUAAAGAGAAGAGAGAAAAAUGCAACUGAUGGCUCAUCCUCUAAAAAAGUGGAAGUUGGUGCUAAAAUUCACACCCCACUUUUACCUGUCAUAUGACUCAAUUCCCAGGCCUUUUUUUCUUGGUGUUUAUCCACCAAACAACGUGUCCUUCGAAUACUAAAGCCGCAGAAAAUGCAUCACUGUAGUGCCACAGUAACCUCAUACAAAUGUUCUGGUUGGAUGGAAAAAACACAUUUUCUGGAUGUUUUGAUGGGACAUCUUGAGCUGAAGCAAUAAAGUCCAAAGUUAACAAAGUCUUUAUCCAAAGACACACAAACGCCCAGAUUCCAAGAAGUUGUACUUUUCCUGUUCUGGUCCGGACUGAGGUUGAGUUCUUUUUCUCAGCAGGGGAUUGGUUAAGGGAAGAAGUCAAUGGGUGUGGUCGGUGAUGUUAAUUACACGGUUGGAGAGCUGCAAUGGACCAGUUUAAGUGUGUCCGUGAAAGAGAGAGUGAUGGAUUUGAAUUUGAGUUGUUUAGUUCAUCCUAUGAGGUUAGGUCAGAAAAGAAAACCUCUUUUCAAACUACUAACCCUUCAGAUUUUAACAAGAGGUGAAAGGUCAUGUAAGGAUGAGGUGAACUGGGUAACUCUAUAGUUUAGGGAUGAUUCUUAAAAACACAGUAUUACAGCGCCCCUUGAAAAGCCAUCAGUUGUCUGGCCUUUUUCAUUGGCUCACAUCCUGGUUGUGUAGUGUGUUUCCACUGGCCUGUCCCAGAACAACUUGCCUGACUUUUGGCCCACUAGCACCUUCUCCUCACACCAGUCUGGUUAGGACAUGGCUGAAAUGGUGCCAGUUGGACCUGCAUGUUCAGUAAAUCCAUCCAUCAGUCUGCUGAAAGCUGUUCUAACUCUUUACCACAAAUUAUCACCCCAGGAACUGCCACGCUUUCUCUGACUGUUUAUCCAGACUCUGCUUUCCUCCUGUCUUACACCCUCUAGCCAUCGUUUUCCAUCCUCUGUCCCUUUGGUCUUUUCCCUGAUAUAUCUCUGUGUAUUCUGUUUCUGUCCUCUCACUGUUUCCUCUCCCGGACAAAUGAAAACAACUUACAAGUUUGUCUUUUCUUGGACAGCAAACUCUUAAGCUGACAGAUGCAGCCUCUGUUUUGUUGUACAUGCUGUGGUGGAUGUGUUUGAUGCUAACACAAACACACAGAAACCCUGAGCAGUGCCACUGGGUGCAUUGGCUGUUUGGUAUUGCCAGCUGAAUCUUUCUCCACCCAUCCCCUGCCCAUGCAUGUACAUGUGUUGUUGUUCGGGAUGUUUUACUUCUAAAACUUGUUUUACCUAGCCUUGAUAAAACGUUUGCACAUUCUUGUACCUACAUCUGUCUUUACUCUAGCUUGGCAUCACUGCAAGACUCAUCUCAUUAGUAAUUUUAAAGCAGUUUUAUCAAUAGCUCCAACCGUUGACUGAAAAAAAAAUCAUGGAUGUAAUCUUGGGGUGCUUUUUGCUCUGGAAUAUUUACAGAAGUUGUUCCAAUAGAGGGGUUGUUUCCCUCUUCGGCUAGAUCAUCUGGACAGAUGUGAACUGCAAUCCAAUGUGGAAAAAACAAGCAAGCUUGGAAUACCUGGAAAAGGUGGGAUGGGCUCCCCUCCAGUCAUACCCCAUAAGCUACCAGCAUGAGACUCAACAACAUCUACCAGAUCAACAACUUGUUAGUUCAGACAACUUCUUGCUCAAGAGGAUUGUCCUUCUCAACACUAGAAACAUUGCUUUCACCAAGCUCGUCUUGUACUUUUGCAAACCCCUGUUAGAGUUUCUUGGCCUUUGUACAAUACCUUGCAAGUGCAGCAGUCUAAGCCCAUCAAGUCUAUGUGUUGAUUUACAAGUUGAUAAACUGUAUAUUUUUGUAAGCAGUAUCCGUAUUUUGGCAUCCAAUCACUGAUAAGCAUUUUAUUUCCUUGCUGCUUCAAGUCAGCCCAAGACUCAUUUUGUUGGUCUGUUAACUGGCCAUCACAACAGGGCAUUCUGGAGCUAACUUUCAUGCCAAGUGUAACAAGUAUGCAUUGAUGACAUGACCAUAUUAGUAAUGUGUAGACAACCUUUCUUUCGGUCACCCUGGAAACUUAUGGUUGUAACUGGCCUUCCCUGAAUCAGUCUGAAUGUAAGAUUGACAAAAUGAUUUAUAGGCUUGCAGAUCUGUCUGGGUCCAUGCUAAUUUUUGCUUGUGUAGUAUAAGUGCCUUUGGUAUGCCAGCUAUGUGUGUUAAUUGCAGUACAUUAAAGUUGUUGUAAAUUCCUAGACAUUCUUGACAGAUUUAUACAAUCUGGGGGUGUAAACAACUGAUGUUUCACUGUCUGGAAGGAAAAUGAACUUUUGUUUGUGUCUGUUUAUGAAAUGUGCUGAAUACAGUUUCUAAAUGAAUUAUAAGAUGAAGUACAACACUUGUUUUUCUAAAGAUGCUGUCUUUGAGAAUUAUACAUCACAGUGAAGCUUGGCGAGUCAGUCUGUUAAUUUAACCAUUUGUAGCCUUUUUGACUCUUUAUGGGUUCACUGGUUCCUCCUAAAAGAAAACACCUCUCAGGUGAGGCUGACAACAGCAGGGCUCUCAAGUCAUUCAGCGUGUGACACACGCAUUCCCACCUGUUCACAUGCUCACACGCCACACAUUGUAUUUCUCACGCAUUUUAAUGAACAUGGUGAUGUCCACCAAGUUGCACUUCUUUUACUAUGGAACAGGGGGAAAUCAACUGAGUUCCUCCGAGAGUUCAGAAGCUGCGUGCCACGCGCAAGCCAAUCAAAUAAAGUAUAUGUACUGAACAGCCAAUCAAAAAGCAGCAUUGGUGUAUCCGGGUAGAUUUUGAUAUCUUGCAGUUUGACAACAGAAGAAGACAGACAUUCGUCGAAAUAGAGCAGGUUUUUAUAAGGAUGAGAUAGACCCGAUGAUUACAGUAAGUCAGUAACCUACACAUGCAGAGACCUCAACACCUCAUGGCAGAUAAACUCAUAUGAUAAACUAAAGCCCUAUGCUAUUGCUAUUAACAGCUGCAUUGAUGAAUUUAGUCUCUGUACAGCCAUUUCCAGCCAUUUUCCCCUCCACAAAAGCAGCAUUUCUCAUAUAUUCUUUUUUUAAGUUCUGAUACUCAUGACAGUGUAAUGCUCAUGUACUAAAGGAUUAAGUAUCUCCAUGUUUGUGAAACCUAUACUAAAGUACAAUUCAUCUAAAUGCUCCACAGUGCUGAUUUUAGCAACUCUCCUCCACAACAGGUAACUUUACAACUUUUUUCUUAUAUAUUAAUGACUUUAUUCUCUAAGAUUUGAAAACGUUUUUUUUUUCUUAAUGUGGCCCUCAUACUCCAUUGCAUUUAAGAGAUUAUUAUACUAAUAAUUAUCUUCAAUCACCCCCCCCCAAUAGGAACAAUCUCAGUCUGUCUUUCUUAUAUUGUUUUUCUCUUUCCUUUGGAUGUUAAAACAGGUUGCAAAAGCCUUAGUACGUAGCUCAGUGUCAGCGUGUGUAUAAUUAGCUGUUCUGUUUUGAGGCUCAAGCUAACCGCUGACCACAAGCUAGCGUAGCUUUACCCUCAAAGCUAAAUUAAAGAGAGGCUAAAUCUUCAAGGCCACGCUUAGCUGCUGCCCUAUAAGUCGUAUGCCACAGCCUGGAGCACUCCAGUGAGCAGUAAACAUACUAAACAUUGAGGGGAAAAAAAAUAACAUUUUGUUUAUUUCAUUUGUUUAGCUGCACCAUGUUGGGAUUAUAUGCCCUGUGUUUGCUGUUUUUGCAGUUAACAAAAGAAUCCAGUGGUAAAAUCAUGCUGGUGGACUACACUGACCACAAUCCUUUGCCUUUUUAAAGCAACAUGUGGACAUGAUAUUGAGGCGGAGACAUUGUUCAGUCUACAAAGGUUGUACUUAUAUGGUUACUUUGCAGGGCUGAGAUAAAACUUGGUUAAAGGCUCACUGAGUCAAAUGUAUACCUCUUUAUGUUUCCUUAUGUACUACAGAAAAAUAGUCUUAUUUUUCUCACGUCGACAAACAUCAUUUAAUUCUUUUUGUAUCACUCUGAGAAGCUUUACUGUAGAACUUGUGGGAAAAGUAUGUAUCAGGGUUCUAAGUUUGUCUGACACCUCUUACUGCAGUCCUGGGUGAUAAAACUAACUAAAUAAAAUUAAUUGCUCUUGUUUUUAAUAGUCUUCUUUGCUUUUGAAGGUCAUACAGAGAAAUUUGCUUGACAGCAUUCAUGCUAAACACAACUUUUGGGCCAGUUGGCUACAAAGCCAAUGUUUGGUUGUGGUCCAUAGGCAGGAAGAUUGGAAAAAAAAAAAAAAAAAAAACCCACACAAUUCAAUAUGAGUAUCUCUGAAAAUUUGUAAGUUUUACAAAUAGUUUAUCAAAUAAAAACAGCCUACCUAUCAUAAAUUAGAACCAAAGAGAUGCAAAAAUGCACAAAUAAAUGCAUUUUACUAUUUACUAUAAUGUUGUCUUAAUAAAAAAAGACUACCUAGUGUAUUACCUGCAAAAUGAAAUGAAGUGCAUUCCAUAAAUUCAUUAGUCAGAUUCAUCAUGAUAUAUUUUUACAUUAUUAUUGACACAUAAAAAUGAUAUUGCAUUUCUUUCUGUAAGUUAAGAUGAAGCUACCUUUCAACUAUAUUUGUAUAUUAUAAACUAUUUUUCCACUAAUCUAUGAUAAAUACUCAGAACUGAGAUUUAAUUUAGAUUUAAUUGGAACAUUUAUAUAUUUACUGCAUCCAGAUGACUAAAAUGGACUGGUACUGAAAUACAGUACUGCACUUAUAGGGCCUGAUCUACUAAGCUCCAAAAUAGGGAGUGCUAAAUUGCGUGCGCAAACUAAAGAAUUGUACGUGCUAUUAGUGGGCGUGUUGCGGGGGAACUGCUAUUAUUGCGUGCGCAAUUGAUAACAGGUGCAAAAGUGGUGCAGACGGCCCUCUUUAAAGGAGGAUUUUGCGUGAGCUAUCGGCUUUCACCAUGGAGAGUUUGUGAGAGCAGAGUGGUCGUAGAUGAAAAAUGAAGUUUGAAGCCAUGGAGUUGCGCAUAUCAUUUUGGGGAACUGCAUAAAAGGCAAGGGAUGUUUAUUUGUGUAGCUCAAUUCAUACACAAGGCUACACAAAGUUCCUUUCAGAUGCAAGAAGAUUUACUACAAAUAGAAAAAGGGAUUAAAACGGUUUAAAAUCAAUAAGACAAACUGAAUUUUUUUCUUCUGUUUCGUGUUUGACUAUGGUAUUUGGUAUUUGAUUAUUUAUGAAAAUCGCCAUUUACCAGAAAAACGGAGUAAACCACAAGCUUUUGGACAAGGAUCAUGGUGUCUAUCAUGGCACUUCUGCAUCCUUCUCUCCACAAUAAACGUGUGUACAGUAAUGCUGUGCCAGUUUGCGCGUGCCUUUCAAAAGUGCUAAAUAUAUAUGCAAAACAGCGACCGCAAUCAGUUUCCGGGUUUGAUAAAUUUCAUUGCAGGUGCUUAAUGAUUCCAUUUGCAUCUGCUCCUCCCAGAAUUUUGCACGUUCUGAUGAUCUACAUACAUUCUGCAUCAGAGCCGGCCCAAGCCUCAAUGGGGCCCUAAGCAAAAUUUGAUUUCGGGGCCCUCUGUUUCUGCAAAUAAUAUUAAUUGUUGAUUGUUCACACACCUACUAAAGUAUAAAUUUAAUGUGUCUGACAUGUCUUUACAUAUGUAAGGGGCUGGCCUAGGUAAUAACAUAAAUAACACCAAUGCAACCACACAAAUAAUACCAAUGAAUGACUGUUGAAUGAUGUUCAGGGUGACACAUACGGUUUUUAAUCUCAAAAUGUAACACAUUCAGGUACAAAAGCAGCCUGGGGUUGAUUUUUACAACAUUAUAAGCGAUAAAGCAUUGUGUUCGCUGUAAAAGUAUCAUCGGCAGUAAGAAUCAUAGGCCUACAUCAUCAGCAGCACUAAAAUGUUUUCACUUUAUUUUUACAAUAAUAUAUAUUUGAUCACACAGAAAGCAUUACUCAUACAUGCAAAAAAAAUAAAAGAUAUUUCAAAUUUUUUUUUUAUUGCUCUUGGGGGGCCCCCUACUGGCCUAGGGCCCUUAGCAGGGGCUUAGCUUGCUUAUGCCUUGGGCCGGCUCAGUUUGCAUAUUCAUGAAGGCAAACACGCUAAAUUGAUUGCGCGCGCUGUUUUGCAGAUUUGACAGACACAAUCCUCGGUGCACCUGGUUAGUAGAUCAAGUUUGCAUGCGCUAUCAGGGUUGCACAUGUUUUUGCACACGCAAACCUUUAGUAGAUCAGGCCCUUAGUGUAAUGAUAGUUACUUAAAGCAGGGGCAGUAAAUUCUACUUAAGCACCCCCCUGCUCCGUGGUGAGGCACACAUCACUUAGUCCCAUAUGUGUCAGUUACAUAUGUUUAAAUAGACUGUGGUGCACACGAUGCUGUCUGUAUAUUUAGAGUACAGGAUCUCUGUGGCAAGGUUCAAAUAAAGGGGUUGAGGGACGAGUAGAAACGGAGCCCAUGUUGGUUAUUCUUCCCCACAAAACAACUCCCAGUCUUCUACGGCUGCAUCCCUCCCCAGAGACUCGGGCCACAGCACUCAAACUAGGAGUCAGUGAGCUAUGCUUGAUAUAUGAUUUGGAUCACUUGGUGUAUUUCAGCUGAGACAGCUGAGGAGCUGACGGUCGUUUUCUGUCUGUCCCCCCAUUAUCCAGAUGUUCUUUACUGUUUUGACUCCCCGUAUCUUUUUCCCACCUUUUUAUCGCUGUUUCACUCCUUUUUCUUUAAUCCCCUCUGGCAAGUUGUUUCCCAGACUAAAGAGUGGACUAGAUUCCUGCUCAUGUAUUUAUAGGCAGUGCUAAAAGCAACAGGGCACAUUGAUUACAGGCCAGGACAGACUGUCUGAGUCUGUGAACUGUGAGCAGGAGCAGCAUAUGGACCAAAAUGACCAGGAGUGACCACAAGUACAGUUGGACCAAUGCAAAAGCAAAACUGGUGUGUGGUUACGCGCUGACGUCUGAAAUAUGUCACUGAGGUUUCAAAUAUAACUUGAAUUUAGCCUGCAUGUAACCAAGAAGUUUAGAGGGUGCAAAAAGGUGCAGGAGCUACGUUGCCAGUGUGCUAUUUUUCUGUUACUGUCUCUCUGUGAGCAAGUGUUAGGCCUUAAUCUGAAGUCGUGCCCACAUUUCCGAGAGGCCAGUAGAGGGUGAGAGAGUUUACCUCACCUCAACACUGUGCAGCUGUACCGGUCCUGUAUUAGCAUGAAUCAACAGCAUCAGCGUGUGGAUGCUGUGUUUAUUUUCCUCAGCUUUGCAUGCAUGUGGAAAGUAGCUGUGUGUGUGCGUGCGUGCGUGCGUGCGUGCGUGCGUGCGUGCGUGCGUGCGUGCGUGCGUGCGUGUGUGUGUAUGUUGGGCUCAGCAGGGUGUCUCUUUAAAGGAGUACAGCAUAGGGUUUCAGGGAGCUGCCUCUAUUUGAGAUGUGCUAAACUAUGUGACCAUGUGCUAAAACAGCAGGGGAAACGUAGCACCGUAGCUGAUAGGAGGAACACUGAGGGAGUCAAUUUAGUUGCUUUUCACUUGGCACUGGGCUGGUACAGUGAGGAAACCCACUUACUGAAGAAAAUACGCUCCUAAUGACCCAUAAUAAGUCUAUAUCCUUCAUUGCUCUUAUAUUAGAGCUUGAGGUUUGUGUGUAGAUGCCAGAAAAGUGCAGGAAAGAAGCAAGGAAGUGGGCAAAGAAGAGUAUUCCAAAAUGUAGUCACACUCCUAAGUUUUAUGAGCAUGUGUCGUGUCAAAGCGAACAUUAGAAGAAUUUGAUUUAAGUACCAAUGUCAGUUUUGAUUUGUUACUUUUAGAUGUGAAAUACUUCAGGAUUUUGCUGGGCUCUUGUUUUGCCUCCUUCUUAUUUUCUUAUCAGCACCUGGACAAACAUAACUUGGACAUUCGUACAAAGUAACCACCUCCGUACUGGAACAACUAUUAAAUUAGAUUGAGUCAAUAUUCAAAUGAAAUUUAGAUAUUGAGCAUUAAAAAGAGGAAUUGAAGGAGGGAAUUCACUUAACUGUAUUUGUAUUCUAACAUCACCGCUUUAUUCUCUUAUACUUACGUCAUUUUUGCAAGAAUUAUGUUCUUGGUAAUUUAAGAUUAUAGUCUCCUAACAUUAAAAUGGUAUUCCUUUAAUAAAAUAACUGUAUUUUUGUCAAUUUAUCUUCUUUUUGAAGUUUCACCUCUGGCCAUAUGGUGAAAAAGUAAGGGUAAUAAAUGCUCACAUAUUUUUUAGGGUGUUUUUUUUUCCUUUUACAGAAUGAUUUUAAUAUUUUAUUCCCUUUCUGAACAGUUUGCAAUUUGUCUAGCAUUGUCAAUUUUUUAUUUUUAUUUUGAGGGGGAUUUAGGGGAGGGGUCGUGACUCAAACCUUAGGGCAGUUCUUUCCUUCAAUUGCUAAUGAGUUUUGAGUGACAGCCCCAUGCCUCAGGCUAUGUGCUAUACAGCACAGACAUCAUAAUGUAUGUGAUACAGAUAAUUAUGUAGUUAUGUAGGAAUCCACUGAAGUCAGCUUGUAGGCAGUGAAUGCCUCCUGAUUGUGUUAAAGAAACCUGGGGGGGAUUCAACACCCAAAAUCACUGAAAUGACUGGAAGCAGAUGACUUCCAAAAAAGAGUACAUGUGAGGCAAGUUCUAAGAUGUCUUUCUGUCCAAUUUAGCAAGUUUAAGCUGAUCGAUAGCAAUGUUUUUUGUGAAUAUUCAGAUAACAACUUCAACGCAACCCCCAAUUUAGUGCAGCCUGUUAAGGAUGUCAAGAUCAAAAAUCGUACUAAAAGAAAAAUCAAAUAACCAAGGCUUAAUGCUGAAAGGUUGAAAGAUACCCAAGAAGCUUUGUCUUUACAUGUUUGAACUCAAGGUAUGAAUGAACCUUCAAGUCCUAAUUUAAUUUCUUUCCUAACCCAAUCUUAUUAAAGUGUACUUUGUGCCUGUUAUUUGGGUUUGGUUUCCUUCAGUCACUGUGACUGUCCCUUUAAACUUGUUUGAUUUAUGAUGAUGGGGAAUGCAUACAUAAAAGCCUCUAUUGUUCAUGCGCUGUGCUGCUUGUUUCAGAGGCUUCAUCUAUAAAUACUCUUUUGCUGUUCUUGGAAGUGUGAGCUGCCAUCUGUUGUUUAUUGCUUUCUUGUUGCUCUUUGCUCUCUUUUUUCUGGCCACUGUGGUCCACUGGGGUGCCAAACGCUUGUCAUUGCAUUAUCACCAAACAUUCUCACUCCAUUUAGAUUUUUCAAGUGAGUUCAUGCAAAAAUAGUACAGUGAAGAUGCUUGGUCAUGAGGACAGUGAAGAUGUUUUGGAUUUUGUGAGCAUGAUAUGCAAUAUCUCAAGUGUUAUUUAGAAACUUUGUUAAAGUUCUCUUCUUUCUCUUCAUUUUCAACAUGUGCUCAACACAUGGCUUUUGCAUUUUAUUUGGCACCUGAUGAGGGCAGGGAAAAAAUAACGUGGAGAGAAGUGUGUGUAAAUGUGUGUAUAUAGAGUUUCAGGAGGCACUACACAAUGAUGUAAUGGGGUACGAGGUGGUCUGCUCUAGACGCACAUCCUGUGGCUUCUGGUAAUGGGCACUGUAAAAUGUCCUUGCACACUUCACAAUCAAACACAUACUUAAAUACACAUUUCUUCUCAUAGUCCCAUGCAAGCAUGCUUUUUUGUCUUCAGUUUGCAGGUAAUCAAAUGUGCACACUUUGUGCAAUUGUUACCCUCCUUCAUGGUCAACUCGUUUUUAAUGCACUAGUAUCCUGGAAGAAUGAGCACAAAACAAGGGAGAGGCAGCAUCCCAGUCCAGCAGUGGCUUAACCUGGCACUGACCAGAACUGCUAACCCAUAUGGAGCCUGACAGCAGUUUCCGUCAAACGAGUAUUUAUGUAACAGAUGAUGUAGAGGCCAAAGCUCUGCCACCAUCCACUGUGUAAUUAGAGAGAGGCAUGGGGUUUCAUGGGCUCUGGUUAUACAUGUAAAUGCACACAUAUAUAUGCAAGGUACAGAUGCUAUAGAAUUAUGCAUACACAUAUAGAGGUUCAAAACACACGUUUUAGAUUACUGCACAAAUACACAGUCAUGCAAAAGCAAAGCAGCAAAUGCUGAGCAUCUGUAGCGAAUGGGAAACAGUUGAAAGUUAAGAGGGAGAGUCAUGGUUUGGAAGAGUUCAAUUCUUCCUAAGUAUUACUUUGGUAAGGAAAUGUUACCCAGAUAUGUUCACGAUGAUGAUGUAUUAGAGGAAUUAAUGGAAAGCAAUUAUCUUACUUAGAUGAAUCAGUCAGGGCAGGAUGUAACUUUGUAUUCUCCUCUCCUUUUGUGAGUGUCCUGUAGAAACAUGCCAAACUGCCUAACCUGAUUGUAUCUGACUGCUCCUACUCUGGGAAAAAGGGUUUGUUAAUGAAUUAUACUUUGCAAAGUAAGUUGUUUGGGCAAACCACUUUUUCUCAGUUUUCUAUGUUUUUUUGCCCUUCUCCCUGCUGCAGAUCUAUUUUUGGAGUCAUGGUGCUUAGUUCUGCUUUAUUUUAACCACAAGUAUUUACUAUCACCACAGUGAAUAGAAAUUGUUAUUCAAACUAUGAUGAGGUCUUAACAUAGAAAACUGAGAAAAACUGGUUUGCCAAAACAACUUACUUUGCAAGGUGUAAUUCAUUAACAAACCUAUUUCCCAGAGUAGGAGCAGUCAGAUACAACCAGGUCAGGUAGUUUGGCAUGUUUCUACAGGACACUCACAAAAGGAGAGGAGAAUAAAAAGUUACAUAGGUUAUGGGUCAGAUAUUUCUCGUUUUCAACAUUACUGUUUCAUAGGUUGUUUUAUGCAUAAGUCAGUCAGUUUAUGAGUUACUUUAUUAUUGACUUGCAGAAAGUUUUUUUCUUUUAUUCUGUUUCAGACUGAGAUUAGAAUCCCCUGGAGUCUUUUGCUUUGCUCGUGUUUUGUUGAUUGACAGUCAAUGAUAGCCAACUUUUAUCUGCUGAGACACAAAUCUCAUAUAUGUCUGUCAAACAGAAAAGUGUAGGUCCCAUAAAGGUUUAUAGUGGGGGCCCAUGAGAAAAGUGGCUCAUGUUAAAGGUCAACAAUAACACAUUGAAUGUAGCUCCCACUUAUUACCCAAGGGAAAUAUUUCAUGACCCGCGUCUCAGUUUUGACACAGCUAUCCAAAAUACUUCACAACUACAUAACUCUCCUUUUUUUAAACUGUCUCUUCAUUCAACUAUUCCUCAAAUCUGUGCUUGUUGCCUUCUGUGGGAAAGUGUUCUUUUUCCCUAGCUCACUCUCUAUCCUCCUCUUUCUCACUUCUGCCCCUCACUUGAGUGUGAGACCUAGCGCCACACAGGCCCCCUUUAUGCCGUCUGUUUGUUCUGCAGGGCUGAGCUGCUGCGGCACCAUCCUCUCUGCACUCAGCAGUGAACAAACUCUAAAUGGGGACUGCUGGAGACAGAGUCACAAAUUUAAAGCUAUUUCAGAUCUAAUGCACAAAGUAAUCAAUAGCUCUAAAAUCUGCCAAUGUGUGGCAGGCAGACAGAUUGGUAUGAAUACACUUCUGUCAUUGUUCAUAUCAAUGCACAGACAAAUGCAUGUAUCCCCUGCUGUCAUGCAAACACAAAGAGUCUUUCUCACAGCUGGUGGAGUCCCCACACCAGCACUUCCUGUCAGGAUGUAAUAAAAAUCAAUCACACUCCAUGCUGCUUUGUCAUUCAAACCAUAAAUCAUCAUUUGACCUUUUAUUGCGUUUCAGAAAUAAUCACAUAAGCUAUCCCAAGACACCUAGUUUUUCACACUUUUUUGAGUGAUUUCUGCCUUUAUAUUAGCUCUCAUUUGGUGCUGUGCUUAAACUGUACACUCAGUGGUGUAUCCACGUCUGUUUUAGCAUGAAUCAGUGCGUCCUGGUGAAAUCAUUAUGUUUUGCUUUGCCGAGGGGAUUUCAGGCCAGUGAGGAAUGUCUAGCUGCCAGAUAGAGCAAUUCAUCUUCCUCUGUCGACCUCCGCACAGGGCUCACAAACUGAUUUGAUAAAAAUUUGUUCCUGUCCUCCUCUCUCUGUCUCUCAACCCUUAAUUUUUUUUAACUUUUCAUUUCCUCACUGCACUGUAGACUACAGCAGCUGCUUUUUCCUGAAUCUGUUACUGCUGUCACAUGACAACCCCAGAGGUAAUCUGGCUCCUAACAGUAAUUUACUUUCUGUUUGAGAUCCCUCUAUCAUGCAGUGCUAUGGUCUUCCUUUAAUUUUCCCACUCUGCAUCUAUAGGGUUCAAAAAUUAAUUUAAACUUACUGUACAGGGUCCCACAGGCAUUCUUCAUGUGUGCGUGGAUCUUGUUUUGUUUGUUCUUUUUAUAUUUUGCAGUUAAAAAGCAAAAGAAAAGAAAGGAUAUUGCUUGUGAAGAAAUGAUUCAACUUUUUUUCAAAGCAAUGGUAAACAAGUUGGUUGGAUCAGGUUAAAAUUAGAAAAUCUUUCCUACUGUGAUGCUUUUACACUAAAUAUUAAGGUACAGACAGCUAAAGUUGGCCAUAGAGCUCAUCCAUGCUACAAGAUAAGCUUUGAAAGCGUUGGGACAGAUCUUUUUAGAGAGCUAGGCUAGCAUUUUAUAAAAAGGUCCAAACUUAUACCAAGGUCAGACAGCACAGUCUCUUGAUACGCCAUAUAGGUUACUGUGUUAGACUGGGCAGACUGGGAUUUGACCAACAAACAUAUUAGACCACAAGAUGUGCAAUCAGUCUCUAUUACCCCCAAGUGGGUGAGGGAACGAAGAGGGACAGGGCUAGAAGACACCCGGAAAUGCUAACGGCAGCUACUCACUGGGUUGUUGCAGUGUGUCUGCUAUUUUUUGACAACAGCUCUCUUCUUUUAGUUCUUUAUAAUCAUCCAACAAUGACACAUCAUUAAGGCAGGGAUUUUGAUGCCAGAGCUCCACAAACCUUUCCCCUGUCCCACUGCUCCAUCUCAGCAGUACCACCUUAAACAUUCCUCUGUCAAUGUCUGUAACUUGAGCACAUGUGUCUAAUGUCACUAGCUUGAAGGACAAAAUCAUAGUAGACAGAGGGAAAAAUCAAACCUGCUAGACUUUCUGUUAGACAGAUGUGAGGCAUUGCAGACAUGUCCUUGAAUAUCAUUCACCAUGACUCGCUGCCAUAGUCCGUGUAAUUAAUGGAAAUUGCAUUAGUGAUGUCACCCAUUUGCUGGUUGUGCAGAGUUUUGAAGCCAAUCUCCAGCAGUCCCAAUAUUAGCAAUGCUAACUUAAACUAACUUAUGGUCAACCUACAAGAGGUGAGCCUUUGGUGUCAGUAUGCUGGACUGUCAGUCAAGUCAGCACACCACUGUCUGAUUUUUCAGUUGUUUAACCUUUGAAAAAAAAAAUCUAACAUUUUAGACUUUCUGUCAGGAGGUCAUGGGGCGUAGCAGAUGUGUCCUACCUUGUUAGUCACUAUGACAACAAAAUGAUUCAUUGUCAGGUUGAUGGGUCAUGACACCCCACAACUGACAUCACUUUUCCUGACGUGUGGGCACGUGGCACAUACAGAAGCAAUUUACUCAUCAUAGCUUAAAGACAGGAAACAGGGAAUGUCUUUCUGCAGCUUGAAAGUAGAGCUGUGCGAGAUUUUUUAAAUUGUUGGGAUAGCUUUUUAUUGCUUGUUCCAUGCCCUGUGUAAAGCUAGGCUAAUACAGUGGCUAACAUAAAGACAGAAAACAGGGUAGAACGGCUAAAAUCAAGCUACCUAUAUCAAAAGUGUUAUCAUCUGAAUCUCAGUAAGAACAAUAAGUGUUAUUCAGAAUGACAAAUAAUUCCUACGAUUUGGAUCCAAACUAACUCAGGCUCCUCAGAGAUGUGUUUCACACGUGUGUGUGUGUGUGUGUGUGUGUGUGUGUGUGUGUGUGUGUGUGUGUGUGUGUGUGUGGGUGUCCUUGGCUGUGGGGUGAAAGUUAUGGCUCUGCACAGCUUUGACAGUGGCGUCUUCAGAUUCUGGUCUCUGUCUGUGGCUACACGCGAGUUCAAGCAUGAAACCAAACCCGAGCAGAUAUCUGACGCCCAGUGUGAAAUCACACACUGUGGUAGAAAUCCUGUAGGUUUCAGACAUGUAAACCAUUUUUGUGUUGUACACAAAAAGUCCAAUUAUGUCUCUUGACAUAUGACAGUGGGAGCUUUUUGAACAUGAUAGCUCUUUUUUGUGUGUUCACUGUAAAGGGACCAAAGGAGUGAUUCAUAAAAGACAUCAUGACAUAGCAGCAAAAACACCAGAUAGAUGUUAAGACUUGGUUUAACAGCAGUCUAAAAAUACAUGAUUUGGUGAUGAUUGUGCAGCCACGCAUGAGCGCGCACCCAGUCCUUUGUGUAAUUCCUAGCUUUUUCUUUAGCAUGCCGCAUUUGUGACUCAGCACUAUCACCAAUGAGUACUAAAACAAGGGAGUAGAUUGUUUAGAGUUCCCACAACUGCCUGUUUUCUGUUUUUAAUCCACAUUGUCAUGAUGAAUGGGUUUGUCCUUUAAUUCCUGUGCCUGUUUCAUGCUUAUAGUUACUGGUUGGAGCGCCACAUGUGCAAGAAGUUUUUCAGGGAAAAUAAUCUGUGUCAUCUGUGUUGAAAAAAGUGAUCAUUCAUCACUGAUAGUUGUGAUGUUAUUUAAAAAAAAAAAACAUUCUUGAACAGCACUGGGUGCCACAUGUAGACCAUAAAAAUAACCUCGAACAAAAAAUAAAAGGAUAAAGGAUAGGACAGGGAGUUAUGAACAGACCAGUGCAACAGAAAAAAAGACAGAAGAGAUUAAUUCUGUCAAAACUGAACUUUGUGGUUUAGGUUCAGGGUCAGAAGCGCUGUCUUGUAAACACACAAUUAAAGCUGGGUGUUUUGCAGGCACAGCAUUCUGAAGCACAGCUGAAGCGUUGGUGGUAUUUGUAUGUAGUCAACCCUUGAAGACUAUGCCGAUCAAACGAGACUAAACUCCUUUUUUUCAUGAGUGCGUUUUUAAAAAAUACUAAUCCACAGGUUUAAGUCUAUUGAAUACAUCGCUGUGCUUAUCUAAAUUUCCCUCUGCAUUCUCAUCAUUUACUGUGUUUUCAGUUGCCUUACAGUCAAGAUACAGAGAAAUGAAGUAUUUUUUGAGGGUAUGAAAAAAGAAAAUUUUGCUCGUGCUAAUUUCUCAACACCUCACAACAACUACACAAACUGCUCUUGAAACUCUGAAUUUCUGUUUCAGCUCCUCUUAUGACCUACACAGAUGUCACCAGUAGUACUUGUGUGUUGCUGUGGGGGCCAGCCAUUUACACAUCGUGCAUCGCCACAUCUGGCGUGGGUUUUGUGAAGGGGUGCAGCGAGGUAGAGGCCGAGUAGUUGCCUGGUUGUGGUUGUAUUUAAUGAGUUGGCUGCUUGAGUGGAGUUGUAUUUGUCGCUGUACAUUGGUCUACCGUUAUUUAAAUUCCACAACAUUCAGAAAUUCAACACAUUUCAAACAUUUUAAGAAUAUUUUCUCUUACUUGGUGCGUAGUUUAGUUUCAGGAAUACUAAAUGUUCUGUAUGUGAAAUUCCCCCCACCCCUGUCAGUAUUGUUGUUUUUGAUACAUUUUCUCUCCAAAUGUACAAGUAAGACUUAAUAGGACCCCUCCAUUUGACUUUUUUUGUAGGGGUGUGUGGGAAAAAUCACUGGUCAGUCAAAAUGGCCGCCGGCAGUCUCUUUAUCCAUAAGGACAGGCUAGCAAGACAGCUGGUGUCGUGCCCUCAUGUCCACAAGGCAAGGCGAGGUACGUACAAACUGCACAAGCACUUUGGAGAGGAAGUGGCUCAUCUCGAUGUAGCUGACAGCAUGAAGUCUUGCAGAAAUAUCUAAAAGCAUAACAUCCUGUGAAUAGUUUCUGUUUCUGACGUUUGAUUCUUUGUCAUGGUUAACCACAGGAUAUCAUCUCAAAGAAAGAGCCUCGGUAUCACUUUCUCGUGAGCUGAUGAGUCUGCUCCUUUUCUUUUCUUUUCUAGUUUGGUAUCAGAAAUCAAUCAGGCCGAAAAUUGUGCACCGUUUCAUCUGCUUCACAGCUUAUUUUUUCAUUUCAAAGCUGCACGGUUUCCUGAGGAAGUGAGACAAAGAGACAGGUCUCAGGAGGUCAUAAUUCAAAUGUGUUUCUGUCAAGUACUCAGACAUGGGAACAAAACAGGUCACAGUUGCCCCACUAACAUGCAUAAUGUACUUCCCUCCUCUAAAUUAAAAUGAUAACUCUGCAAAAAAACACCAUGUUGAAUGCACCUAAAGAGCAGCAGAUGCCCGGGGUAGUUAAUUAUGAGUCUGAAAAUGCUGGAAAUCCUGCUUUAGGGAGGAUGGUAAAUUAAGGAGCGCUGUGACCUUUGGGUUUAACAACCCACCACUUAUGUUAGUGUACUUCCUAACAUGUCUCAGUUUUCUUGAUUUGAUUCUCAUGACUCCAUGUUUAAAUUCAUAUACAUCAAAUGGCACGGCAAGGUUCAAAUGUGGAGCCCGGUCUGAAAUGGUAUGGUGGGAGUCAGGAAACGAUAAGUCAAAGCAUGUUAUUUUCAGCUUUCAUUCUAAACUGCUCUGGUGGCUAUGAAGAGACCUAACCAGCUGUUAUCUAACAGAACAUGCACAAUUUGAUUUAAAUGCGCUGUUUACUCCAAUUGUGUCAAUUAUGAAUAAUUAGGGUUGUCAUGUUGCAUCUCUGUCAACCGUGGCACUUGCUUAAAUGUUGACUACCCUGAUUAUAAAGCACAAAGACAUCCACAUGGAUGAUUUAGUCAUGAACUACAUGAGUCACUCCUGAUUCCUCUUUUUAGUAGCAGAACAGGAGCUUCGGAAAUUGUUAAACUUGACUUUUUUUUCUUGUUCUGCAAAGUAAGGGUUUUAUUUUUGACUUCUGGCUUUAACCACAUUUCCACUGGGACAUCAGUUUAGUGGUUUGUCUCUUCCAUACACUGGCAACCACAGGUGUGCACAAAUGACAUCCUGAGAGUCUUCCUGAAGUCUCCAAACCUCUGCACAUCUGUACCAGUGUUUCCUUUUCAGGAACCAAAAAUUUAGGGGAACUAAAAGUCAACAAAUGAGUCUCUAUACCAGGUUUUUGUUUCAUCUUCGGUCACCUGAAAAAACACAGGGGUUGAAUCAGCUUUAUUUUGAAUUUACAAAGCAGCCCAGCCACUGUUGAUCCUUGAGUGUUUGAGGCAUGCCGUGGAGCAGGGCACUGUGGGUGGAGACCCUGACCCUUAGGCUUAACUCUCUUCUGUAAUUAGGCCAGUGGGUCAUGCUAAUGGAGAGCCACUCCCACACUCUAAAUCAAAGGGUUGGCUGGCCACACACAUUUCAGACCCAAAAACACACAAGAAAGUGUGUGUUAAGCCAUAUACUUCGUGUGCGCUUUCUAUUCUGCCUCGGGUGUCUGAAACCACAGACAUGCGUUUAGGUGUCACUUGGUGGGUUCAGAGCCGAUUUUGGCUCUUCAGAUGGGAAUUGGCUCUAUAUGCCUAAUAUAGUCAUAAUGGUCUUGCUUCAAGCGCAUCAAGCACACAUCUUCAGUCUCUUUAGUUUUCUUCUGUGGCUGAUACAGAGUCUACAACAGGAUGUGGUAUAGGAUGUGAAAGUUUAGUCUUCAGAGUCUGUAUAACCUGUAAUCUGGUUUCACAUACUUGUAGAACAUUCCAGCGCGUCAGCUCAGUAACCCUCCAUCUUUGCUCCAAGUCGUGUCUGGUAGCGAAGCAAAGAAAAAAACAAGAGGCCCCUUAACUUGGACCCAACGAAGCAGCCAUUCCUGUGUGGUUUUCCACUCCCUCCUUUAUUCCCUAUUCUGGGAUGUGCUCUUUUCUAGGUCCUACUUAGCCCGGUCACCAAUUUCACAAAGAAAAUGAAAUGUUUUAUGCUGUAAAUACAUGUUUAGAAAAUUCCCAAUCUCACUGUUGCAUUCCUGAAGCAGGUCAACAUUCAGACGGAAAAUUCCAGAGCCUGAGGGACCUGUGCUGGGUUGAGUUUGGAAAGUUUGGUGGGUUAUUCUCCUUCAAAUUUGGUGAUUGUACUAUAUGGUGUAGUUUUAAGGGUGUAGUUAUAUUCAUUCCAAGACGUUUAUCCUGCAAAAUCUUCACAACCUUUUUAUGCAAAGCAUAUUACUCUGCUUAAUUCAAAACCUCUGGUUUGCUUCAUUUAACUUAACAAUUUUUCCAGUAAAUGAAAUGGUUCUCCUGAUGUUGUUGUUUGACACCUUUUCUCCUGCCUAGAAAUGCAACCAAGAGUAAGCCUUUGAAAGCAGAAAUUAAUCUUGACAAUUAUCUUGAUGAGAUAUUGCUAGAACUUUGGAGACACAGCUUGCCACAAUAUAGCCACAAACAAAAAAUGGUGCAGCUUUACACCUUUUUAUUUUGACUUAAUAUGAAAAUGUAACAAAUUUCUCAUGUUGUUACACCAAAAAAAAAAAAAAAAACCACUGUGUGAAUUAAAAACAAUUAAGUGAGAUGACUAAUUGAUUUGGUUUGUCAAGUAGUCUUUACAGCUUCCUAAACAGAUGCAUCACAGUUCCUUUCAAUGUUUCACAACCUAUCAGAAGCUCUUUGUAGCAGCUUUAAGAUUCCUACAGACUAAUGAAGCUGAAUAAGGCUCUGUGUAAAUUUGCAUUAGGAAAGUCAACUUGUGUUAGACAAUGAUGAUCAUGCUGGUGUAUCUUGGUUAAUUUAAUGUGUAGAAGAUAGAAGACAACUUGAAACGUCCUUUUAUCAGGCAGAAACCUUGAGCAGAACCUGACUCAUUAGUGAACAGCUAUCUGCAGCAGCUGGAUGGACUAAACAGUAGAUAAGACUGUGUUUGAAUGUUUGAUAGGGAGUUGUUUUAACUUGGUGGAACUUAGUUUCUUUUCCAAACUCCCACAGCAAAAACAGUUUGCACCUUCUUAUCAGAGUCACUUUAUUCAGACUCUAGUUCAUUUUUGAUUCAUGCAGAAAACAGCAUCUAUGGCAAUGAUCAGCCUCAGAGUUCAGAGUUAAGUUCUGCCAAAUAAAUCUUAUUGCUUAAUAGCUAAGCUUUCACAUGCACUCUUUUGACUUUUAUCUUGUAAUGCUUGCAUGUGUUCUGUAGAAAGACCAUCAAAUGUGUUGGUUUAUCAACACAUUUACAUGUUGUUUUGCAGAUGUUAUACCUAAAUUUAAAGUUUGUUUUUUUUCCUUUUUCUAGGAAAGGCUUGUUCCUUUAAAAUUGGCUUUCACGUACUUUUUUGUUACCCUAAAGUGACAUUGAUUGAAAACACUCUGUCCACUUCAUACACUAUACUGAACAAUUGAGGUUGGUUGUUUUUAUUUGAUGGUCUUAUCUGGGUGUUUUAUAGGCUUUUUUGGACUUCCCUGAUUAAAACAUAAAAGCUCCCCUGAUUUAAGUUUUCCAUCUCAUUUUAUUGAUCAGAUAAUUGUGCUCAGGAAUUGUUCUGCAGUUGCUCUUAGCCAGGGGUCAGUCCAUAGAUCUUGUGACACAGUAAUCCAAUUAACCAUUUAGCUACAUGUCUAUGCAUACUGGCACUCCAGUUAGUUUCCCCUUCACUCUCUCUCUCUCUCUCUCUCUCUCUCUCUCUCUCUCUCUCUCUCUCUCUCUCUCUCUCUCUCUCUCUGUAACACACACACACACACGCACACACACAACCACAUUCACACAGAGAAUACGCAGGACAAACACAUGGAUGGGUUCAAGGAAGACAUUGACCUCCAUUUGAUUUGUGAACUCUUUUUUCACUUCUUAAAUGAGUCCUUUGACCCCUCACACUUGACCAUUCAUUACUAUUAUUAUGUAUCAUAAGUACCAAGAAAAACAGAAAGGUGACAAAUGGAAACCAACGUAAAGUGCACAAGUCAUUUUCUGGGUCAGUGGAAGCUUUCCUCCUCUCUUUUGAGGGCCUUUUCUUCCUUUGGUGAUCAAUUGUCCUCUAGAGUUGAUUGUAAAGAUUUGAGCCAGUACGUCCAUGAGUACAGACAUGUAAACUACCCAGCCUGCAAUGUUUCAUGAUGUUUUGCAGAAACCUGAAUAUCUGUUGCUGUUGUUGGAAAGCCAAAGAAGCGGUCCAAAUAUAUUUUUUAAGAUUCACAGUGACACACCUCUGUCCCAGCUGCUCUGCUUCAAAACAAGGAUCAAGAAAAGUGAGUGGGAAAUACACUCAUGCUGACUUUUUUGUAUGGAGCUUAACUACUGUCAUGACUAUACACUAAUUAGACUGGGCACAGAGAAAGGAAACAAGGGAAAAACCUGGUCAUGGAUUUAACCAAAGAUCAACAAGUUCAAUAGAUAUUUUAUUUUUUUAAAGGUAGAUGUAUGGCUGUCACAAUAUACCAAUACCUGUAACCUGCACACAUUUAUGGACUUGCAAUUUUCAUAUGCUCCAUCUUUGUUUUAUCCUUUCUCCUUUUAACUUACCAUGUUGUUUUAGAUUUCAAGUUUUCCAUAAUUAUUGUGAUAUUGUUAUUGUGAUAUUUAUGAUAUGGGUGUCGCACAUGGAUAAAGGAAAAAAAACCCGCUUGCAAAUUUGCACAAAGAAGUUGACGUAAAGCUUCUCCCACCCACAUAUAUAAAAUUUGACAGACAUAUGAGGCCCGAUGAGACUUACAAAAAACCUCCUGGGGCCAAAUCCUGACUACAAGACUUGAUGCAAAUUCUUAUUGGUGCUUUUUUUAAAUUUUUUUUUACAGUAUUUACUGGAAUUUGUUCCGAAUGUGUAUCAUGUGUAAUCUUAACUAAAUACAUAGAGGUGGUUUAAUGCUGUGCUGGUGCUGAAAGAUAUUUCAGGGAGGUUUUGUGAACAUAUGCCGCUGUAUAGGGUGCAGACUUCAAUCAUCAAAGUCUGGAUUACUGUCACAUCAUGUGAGAAAUAUCAAAUGAGGAAAAAUGUACAGUAUGAAUCUUUGUCUGCUGUGUGCUUUGUUCAGAUUUGGAAUUGAAGUCAGGCCAAGGAGUCCCAUGAAAUUCUUCAUCCUCCUCCUCCUCACUGACUUCUCACUGUGGGCCAGGAGACAAUGAGGUCGACAAGUACAGUGAGCGCGGUACAGUGGCUGUCUAAGUUCAUUUCCUUCUCUGUGGGUGGUGGGGGCGCAGGGCAGCUGUCAGCUCUUUACGAGCCUUGUGCCCUGGAAAAAAUUAGUUCCAAAUCCCCUUUUCCCAAAAAACACUAAUGAGAAGCACACACAGGAGACGGACAUAAAACGACGGGGAGGGGGUGGGGGUCGUGUGUGGGGGGUUUGCUGGUCAGUGAUGGACAGCAGAAGAAGGAACAUAGAUGUUGAAUAGCCUGUGAACUCACCAUGCUGUGACCUCAAAUGCCUCAGAGAGGAGCUGUAACCGUGCACAAGUCUCCCUCAGCAUUCCUUCAAAAACUGUGUCAGUCUUAAAAAGGAGACAAAACAAGUGCAGAGAUGGGGACUAGAAACACCUAAGGGUGCAGCCGUGUCAUAAUUUAUAGCCUUGAUGAAUUAAUGAAGCACAAAACACAAGAGGGUAACAGGUUCUCUAAAGCCAUAUAAGUAAUGUGUGUGUGUGUGUGUGUGUGUGUGUGUGUGUGUGUGUGUGUGUGUGUGUGUGUGUGUGUGUGUGUGUGUGUGUGUGUGUGUGUGUGUGUGUGUUUGCAACAUUGUAAGAGAUCCAAACCAACACAGAUUUUAACUAUUGAGCCAGAUUAACUACUUAUAUCUUGCAAACCACUAUCUUUAGUAAACACUACUUAAAAAGUCAUCCAAUUCUCUUCCAGCAUAAGCACACUGAAUGAAAACAUCUCUAAGUGAGUUCCAAGUUGGAACCCUUGGCUGUCUAUGAGCUGAUGUGUGUGUCCAAGCAUAAUUCCUUUCUAUUUUCAUCCCUGCCUAUCAGAUCACAUUGCAAAUGCACAAAGGAAAGAUUGUUCCUUUGAAUUGCUGUACUCCCUCAACAUGUUUCAAAUUGUCUCCUCUUUUUCUCUGGGGUGAAACAUCUGAAUGUUGUAAAUGUGAUGGGAGGUGAUGAGUCUCUGAGUGUCUGGUUGGUAAGGCCGGACUGAAGCCAGGGUCUCGAUUAGAUGAGAAAAGCCAGUGUAGAACGUCAGUCUGUGGUGGACUUGAAUAAGCUCCUUUGUUCCAACAUUAAACAGCCUCAGUGUUUGAUGCUCAGUAUAAAGAGGUUUUAACUCUCCUCAAAAUGAAUCUGAAUGAUUUUUUAUAAGUUUAGCCUAGAGCAGAAAAAAUUUUGAGAUAGAUCUGAGAUGGUGAGUUGAUUCACCAACUUGUUUGACUGAGUUUUUGAAAUAACUGGGUAUAGUUGCACAGGGAGCUCAUAUUGAGUGAAUCUGAUUUAUGUGGACAAAGUCAAAAAGAUAUACUGUGAUUUUAUGCCAACCAUAGAUUGUACAAGAAGUAGAUAUAGCAAAGAUGAUGUUAUCCAUCAGUUGGUUUCCUGCCAGAAAUCUCAGGUUUUACAUUCAUCUCAUUACCAUCUUGCUUUUUAAUCAGAAGUGAGCGUCUUUGGAUUAGUAUGCUUCUGUACCUGUCAAUCACAAGUAGUCACAUUCUUAAGGGGUGAUAGAAACCAUAAACUCAUUCAACAAGUUCUUCCAAAAUACUAAAUAAAUUUUUUGGAUGAUAGGGCAGUGGAUAGGGUGGGAAACUGUGAGGGAACUGGGUCCCCCACUUUGAGAUUUUGGUUGUGAUACAGCUACCAAGCCAAACUGGUGCCCUUGUUUGAAUAGUCAUCUAGUCAUCGAUUAUUGAAACGAUUAAAGCUCCUGUGGGUAGUUUUUUUCUUAUUGGUCUAUGAGAUAGACCAAAAAUGAUAUCAAUGAUUUUAUUUUUUUUCUUGAUAUCCAAAUGCAAACAAGACCAUCAGCAACAUGAUUGAUCUUUUUGAUGCCUGAAACCGGUGUGAGGGGUUAGAUGUCAGCCAAGCAGUUUGAGAGACAGCUCUGUUUUUUCCAUUUCUACAAAAAGUAUUUACAACAAAUGUUACAUGUCACUGUCAAAAGUCAGGAAGAUGAGAUUUUUUGUCAAAAGUCUCUAUGCAGGCAUGUAGAGGACAAGAUAAGCAAAGACUGCUUUGUCCACAGGCGGCCUUAAAAUUGACACAAACCAAACUUGCAUAUGGGAGCUUUAAUGACCGGUACAUUUACAAAAGUUUAUUAGUUAGCGAUCAGCUUUUAAAUUUAACAUUACUCUAUUUAAGGCAUAAUAUGCCAUUCAAAGCCUCAGUUUAAGCCAUAGUUUAGUCUUCACUUUAAGUAUAACUCAUGGUAAUGUAAGAUGAGUUCAUUUUAAUGUGUAGCAUGGUUACUGGUAAGAGUUUUCUCCACUGUUCAAUGGUAGGAGUGGGGGAAGGAAAAAGAUAAGGAGGAGAGGGUCAUAGACUGUAUAAAGCAUGGAUGUAGCCUCAGUGAUGCCACCUAUUGGUUUAUGAAGCAGAGUAUUGAAAGCUAAAGUUAGGUUGAGUGAUGACUCAACCCAGGUUGAGGUGGACCGUCAGCUGCCACACUAACAGCUACGUUGUCAUUUAGUAUGACUUUUUUUCAAUGACUCAUGCCCCAUCGAUGUGCUUCCAUGAUCAACAAGGUCGCCUUUCCAGUUUCUGUUUGAAGCUCUUUUCUUUUGGCAUUACAGUGAAACUCUGACACUAUACAAAGUUUAGGACACAAUGAAGCUGCACUGUUGCCAUUCCUGAUGUAGUUUGUGUGCGCAACUCACUGUAUAGAUGGUAAAGAAGCAAGGCAACUCCCCCUCAGUAACCCAGCACUGAAAAACAAUCUUAUGUCCUCUAAAAGCAUUACAGACAUGCACAGUUCAACAUUUGUUUGAGGGUAAGUGUAUUGGCUUCUCUUUUGGAAAGCUACAAUACCUACAUAGUGCUAACAUAUUAGCUAUGUUGCAAUUAACCAAAAGAUAUAUUGCCCCCAAGUCACAUUAUUAUUAUUAUUAUUAAUAUUAUCAUUAUUAUUAUUAACCCCCUUAACCCGAUCUGCCCAUCGACAGGCCAAGAUUUUGCUGCAUGUAGUUAACCUCUUAAGCCGUAAGCCUAUUUUCAAGAAAAAACGCCUAACAAGACAUACCCAAAGUAAAUGAGAAAUUACUACACUUUACUAAAGGGUAUAUGCAUGUUCUCGGUGUCCUUGGACAUCUAGAGACUUCAGAGAAUAUGUUCCAAGUGUCAGAAGUGUUGUAUCUGUCAUUAUGCCUGAGUAAAUUGGAAGUGGAAUAAACCAGAGGGGAAACUAUGUUUUUUUACUCUUGCCAAAAUGUUUUCUUUUUUUGACAGAGGAAAACACAAUGCUAGCAAUGAUUCCAUGCCCCCAGAUGCCAUUGAUUAGCCUCAUCCACUCCUUGACAACAAAUUUACCAAAUUUGAUAGAAUUUGGAUAAACAGUGAAGCCUACAUGAAGGUUUUUGUAAGGAUACACCAAGGCGAGAACUCAGUUUGGCACAAUUUGGCACACUUUUGUGCCAAAUGGAUUAUUUUCUACCUUUGAUGAAAACUCCAAAUUACAAUUAAUUUCCAUGAGACUAGUCUCCUACUACCUAUUGGAGCUUUUAGAUAUGAAAUUUACCUUUUGCCUCAUCAAUUUCUACCAUUCUGCAAAAUAUAUUUGUUUAUAUGUAAUACAGAAUAGUGAAAAAUAACAGGAACUUCUACAUUUCUUUCUUCACAGGGAGUAUUUUUAUUUGAAAAAAGUGCAAAAAGAGAAACAAACAAACAUUCUGUGCAAACAAUGUAAAAUAAAAAGUAAAAGUUCAACAAAUAUUGUAAAUUAAAAACAAUAUAUAACAAUAUGAAAUAUUAUAGUGUAUUAUUUCUUUUAGAGACCAGAAUUAAACAAAUGAUCAGUACACAAACUUUGAUACAAGCAGAGUCACCUUUCUUGCAGGUAUAGGUGGGGGUGGGGCGACUGGUGCAGGGAGUACUGUAGGUGUGAAAACUCCUGAUAGGGGGGUAGAUGUGCCUCACCCCCUCUUCUUGGUGGCUGUGAAAAUGGUGAUAAAUUACUAUGUAGAACAAAAAUAAAUAACAUUUGUACAUUUCAAUGAAGGACACAAAAGUUGUGGAAAUAUAUAAACUUAUUCAAUAAAUUGAGUAGCCAUGAGUAGCUAAAACACGGGAAAGCAGCAGGUCCGGACAAGGUGUGUCCAAGACUGCUGAGGACCUGUGCUACAGAACUGGGGGAACCACUGCAACGCAUCUUCAACCUUAGCCUGCAACUAGGGAGAGUGCCCAUCCUCUGGAAGACAUCCUGCAUAGUUCCGGUGCCUAAGAAGAACUGGCCCAGCGAGCUGAAUGACUUCCGACCGGUGGCACUCAUGUCCCACCUUAUGAAGACGCUGGAGCGGCUCUUCCUCGCCUUCCUCAGACCCCAGGUGCAACAUGCCCAAGACCACCUGCGGUUCGCCUACCAGCCAGAUGUUGGGGUGGAGGAUGCCAUCCUCUACAUGCUCCACCAGACCCACUCCCACCUGGAUAAGGGAAGCUGCACAGUGAGGAUCCUCUUUUUCGGAUUUCUCCAGUGCUUUCAACACAAUCCAGCCCCCCUUGCUACAGGACAAACUCAAUCGCAUGGGAGUGGACCCCUACCUGGUAGCCUGGAUCUCCAGCUACCUAACAGACAGGCCACAGUAUGUCAGGAUGAGGGAUGCCACAUCCAAAAGUGAUCAGCAGCACUGGAGCCCCCCAGGGCACAGUGCUGGCCCCUCUUCUCUUCACCCUGUAUACAUCGGACUUCUGCUAUGAUUCGGAGCUGUGUCAUAUACAGAAGUACGCCAAUGACACAGCCAUCGUUGGGUGUAUCAGGGAUGACCGAGUGGAGGAGUACCGGAGUCUGGUGGGGGACUUUGCCUCCUGGUGUCGCCUUAACCACCUGGAGCCCAACACCUCAAAGACGAAGGAGCUGGUCAUAGACUUUAGGAGGUCCAGACAGAAGCCGAGACCAGUCCUGCUCGAGGGAGUUGAGGUGGAGUCUGUCGACUCCUACAAAUACCUUGGGCUGUGGCUGGACAACAAACUGGACUGGUCAGCACACACCAGCCACCUGUACCGGAAGACCCAGAGUAGGUUGUACUUCCUGAGGAGACUCCGGUCCUUUAACAUCUGCAGCAAACUGCUGCGGAUGUUCUACCAGUCUGUGGUUGCCAGUGUCCUUUUUUACACUGUGGUGUGCUGGGGAGGCGGCACAUCCAAGAAGGACGCAUCCAGACAGGACAAACCGAUCAGGAGGGCUGGCUCUGUGGUCGGCAUGAAGCUGGACCCUCUGGUGAUGGUGACUGAGACCCGGACACUUAACAAACUGUUGGAGAUUAUGGACAAGGCCAGUCAUCCGCUACACUCUGUCAUCAGCAGCCAGAGGAGUCUGUUCAGUGAGAGACUGCUCCUUCCCAAGUGUCGGACCAACAGACUCAGGAACUCCUUUGUCCCCCAGGCCAUCAGACUGUACAGCUCCUCACUGGAGGGUAGGAGGUGACUGAGGACAGUAGGGAAGAGGCGGCAGACACCACCCACCUAGCUCACAUGCUGCAACCAUCCACCCAUCACGCACGCAUGCGCACACACACGCGCGCACACACACACACACACACACACCAUCAUAUGCCACUUCUAUAUUUUAUUAGGAGUGUAUUUCUUUUUUCCAUCUCUAUGCGGACUAUGUACCUUUUUCAAUGCGCAAGAGUCUAUAGAAAUUAUGUAGAUUGUGUGACUUGUAUUUUAUUUUAUUUUAUCUUAUUUUAUGUUGUGGCUACAUUUUGCAUGCUGCACUUGCACCUUUUUUUUACCUUUUUACUUGUAAAAGCUGCUGGUAACCUGAAUUUCCUGCGGGAGUCAUCCCAAGGGAUGAAUAAAGUUCAGUCUAAGUCUAAGUCUACUAUAUUUUGUUUGCUUUUUUAUUUACUUCAUAUGUUUGUUUGUUUUUCAUAAAAAAUAUAUUCGAAGACAGAUAAAAUGCAAUAUCUGCAAGCAAAGUAAGCCCAAAAUAAACAGAUACAGUGAAACUGCAGUAAUAUUUAGUGCUAUUGCAUUGCCAUACUUACUACUGUGUUUACAGUUUUAUGACAAAGGUGUUCUAUGCAUAUCAAUUUACACAACACUGAGCCUUAUUAAUAAAUGCAAAUACUCAUUAGCAAACUGGGUCCACUUAUAAUGUAAACAAUGCCUCCUCCUCGGAGCCGACGUCAUUACUGCUGAGUCAGACGAGUCCUCAAAUUCACCGUCUGAGCCCCGCUGAAUUUCUAAUAAAAUGUCCGCCAUAUCCCUCUUAGAGUUGAAUGUUUCUUUUCCAUUGUUAAAAAGUACUCAAGAGAAGUUUUAUAAGUGGUGGAGAAAGUUUACAGGAGAGUCCCGAGUGAUCAGCGUGCGAUGCAGCAUUCUGCCUUCGUCUGUGGGGCACACAUAGACUAUAUAUACUAUGGACAACUUGGUUUCGCCUACCGCCUGUAUAUGGAUUUGAAGCCAAAUAGCUCUCGGUAUUUCAGGGAUUUUUCUUCAUUUCCUGAAACCAGGGCUGUGCAGUAGCGUUGUGCGCAUUUGGCCACGCAGUCGCAGAGAGUCACUGUGAUGACGCUCGGCUCAAACAGCGUAUCCCCCGGGAGAGCCACGCAAUCCCUGAACGCCCAUAGACUGUAUCAGGUGUCAAUCAUAGAAAACAUGAACCCCUAAUAACUUUUAAAAACGGAGCUUCACAGAAAAAAAAGGACUUGAGCACAAACCAGUCUUACAAUAACUACAUGUCAACAUCACAAGCAGGGGGGAGAAAAAAUUGUGUUCUGUGUAAUAAAUUUCUAAAGUUGGUCCACAGCCCCAUAAGCUUUGCUGGUGGAGGCGGGAUUUAUGACCUAUACUGCAGCCCAUAAUGAGGGUGCUGUUCUCGGAGUGGCUUCACCUGGCGAGGAGGCAGACUCUGUCCAAUCUAUAUACAGUCUAUGGGGGCACAGAUUACGAACACUUUACGCCCAGCUUUUUCCAAAGCAGGGAAAUGUAGUCCUUGGAAAGAUUGAUGUCAAACGAUUCAGUAGCUUCUCCCCUUUCAAAUGACUACAAAGAUGGCAGUACGGACCCAUUCUCCGCUACACUGUAAAGCUUUGAUUCGGUGGUUGUCGCAAAAUUUAAAUGUCCAGAUUUCGCACCAAGACAGAUUAAAAUCGACACAAAAGGUAACGUUUGCACUAAAACAUACAUCCGACCCAGUUUUGUGAACAUUAGAGUCUAAACUUUGAUUUAGAAUUGAAAGUAAACACCGCCGUCAAGUUUCAAUACAUUUUUUACAGCGUUUAAUGUUACUUGGGGGCACUGACUACUUUUUUUUUCCUUUAGAGAAUCACAUAGGAAAAUCCAAGAGCUACCAGCUUCUUUAAACUUCAUCUGGAACCAUGUAUACUGACAAAUAAUGAACCUCUUUUUGUGAACGAAAAAUGUCACAGUUCUUGGCUUUGAACAACAAAUGUGUCAGCUAAUCCCCUGGGCUGUGAAUGGUUUGUGUAUCUUUUAAGAAAGAGAACUCCAAAAUAGAAACAAAUCAUCUCAGUUUUCCCCUAAAAUUUUUAAGCCAAAUUUGUGGAUGAUCGGUAUGUUCAUGCUGUAUUGAACAUGAAAAGGAUGACUUGAAUUGAACAUUGACAACAGAACAUUUGAGUGGAUAAAUGUGUGGAAUUCUGAGUUGCUGCUAUGUUUACCGCCUUCCUCAGACUUACCUACUUUGGACCAGAGUGCCUGAGGGCUUCUCAAUCUGGAAACAGUUUAAAUACCAAAUUCUUUAUGCCGAUGUAAAGUAGUUGUAUUUGGUGCUUUGAAGUUAAAGCCUUCUGAUCUCCUAUGAAAUCCUUCUAAACUGCAUGCCCGAAUCCUGAAACGUGUACUUUCUUGUCGUUGCAGGUGAAUCCACAUAUCUUGAUGACCACGGACCCCCUGUUCCAAGAGUAAGUCUGUUUCAAUAUCUUUCUGCCAAAUUGCUCCUUUUUUUAGUCUAUUUUCCCUCUUUUGUCCUUGGUCUUUUCCUUUCUGUCUCUGAUGUUUUUCCCUACAUUUUGGAGCCAGUUCAGUCCAGGCAGAAUAAGGGUUCAGUCUAUGCAAGCGGGCUGCGUGCAAACUCUCUCUAAAUACCAACUACGCCAGGCUUCAGUGCUACAGUAAUGCUCUGAGUGUUACACAGGGGCCUUGUAUUCAUCCAGCUGUAUGUCUGCAUGACUAUCUCUCCUCUGUGCUCCCUCUUUCUCCCUCUGCCAAUCUUUUCCCCUCUGUCUGUUCAUUAUCCUCACCUUUAGUCAAUCACCACCUCAUUUUCACCCCAUCCCUCCUCAUUUUUUUUAUUCUUUGGAUCUGCUUUUACAGUCUGACAGCCAUUUGGUGAGUUUUUUUUCUGGUUCUGGCAGAGCAGUUAGCAUGUAGCUUAACUUAAUCUAGUUUGGUACCAGGUUUGUUUGUGAGCAGCUGUACAGUCAGGUCACAUCUGGGUUUUGUUUGUGAGUUACAUGUUUACUUAGAGAAGCCUGUUCUUGCGGCUAUAAGCCAAACCAGACGGCCACAGCGCAUGUGUCAUACAGAUAGAGGUGGAGUGUUAUUUAUACGAAACAAACUGCAGCUCAUACUGGAGGAAUUCAUAGCAAAUUUUUUUUAGUUCAAGUUUUGGGCAAAUUAUAAACUUUCACUUAAAACAGGGUCCCACUGACAUUUUACUUUUUAAUACAGUUGGUCUGUUGCCAAGCUGCCGAUAGGCCUGCAGAAACGUAAUGGUAAUUAUGUGAUAAAUCACUUAAAAUUUCAUUAUUUCCUAUCCAAAAUUUAGUAAAACAGCUUGACAGUGUCCUGAGGCUAUCCUAAAGCAUGCUGAUUAUUAAUAUUAUUACACAAACACAGAAGCUGGAGCUCAUUUUGACAUUGAAAAGUAAGAUUUUAGUGCAAGGUUCAGUCUCCAAAAAGCAAAGAAGGCCAUUAAAGAUGGAUUUCCUCCAAAGUUUCAGUAGCUUUUCAAAGCAUGGUCUUUAAGUUGUAUGGUAAUUACUGUUGUUACACAGACUCAAAAGCAGAAACUAUGAAAGAUUUAUGAUUCACACUUUUCUGGGAUUGCUGGAGCUUGUCAGGGCUUCACGAAGCCUGGUAAGAACAGCAGUAGACAAAAUGUAGGGUUUAGAAAGUGCUUUUGUCUUAUAAAUGAUUAAAUCAUAUUUUGUGAGGAGCUUUUGGCUGAUCAUACAAAGGGUUGCCUUUCUAGGACCUACCAAAGCAAUGAGACCAACAGCAGCAACAAGACUAACAAUGUCUGUAAGUUUUUACCACUGUUGUCGUUGUAUAUGCGUGCCUGCCUGCCUGCGUGCUUGCGUGCGUGUGGUAAGGGGCGGGGGGUGGGAGGCAGGAUAGAUGAUUUACAGCGUGCCAUAGGAUCAGUCUGUCUUUUUUUACCCCACAACUUAAUACGUUAUAAACCAUGCCUAUAACUAGAAUCUAAAAUGUAACUAGAAUCGAGUAGAGAUAUUUGAGUUGAAGGGGGCCAGAAGGUUGUAUAAUCACGUAAAUUGUGAAAAAGGUCCGUUGAUUGGUCAAAGAUUGAUUGAUGAGUAGUUGAUUGAUUCAUUCAUUUAUUCAUAAGUAAGCAGAGAUGGACAGAAAACUUGACCCCAGUACUUGAGUAAGAGUUCAAAUACUCCUAGUCCAAAUUUACUCCACUACAAGUAAGAGUAGCCCAGUCAAUACGUUACUGGAGUAAGAGUAAAAAAGUACUUGCUUUUAAAUGUACUUAAGUAUUCAAGAGUAAGUAAAAGUAAGAGUAAGUUCCUAUUUUUUCACAUGAAUUACUGUCAUUUUGCAAUUUUAUUUUGUAACUCUUGUUUCAGAGAAUUAACUAUUUGAAACCACCUGCACUGAUGUGCUGCCUGUAGAACCAUUAUGUUAUACUGUACCAAUGCUGCACAAACAACCCCCCCCCCCCACACACACACACACACACACACACACACACAAGAGCCAGAGUUGUAAUUGUAAUUUGUGACAACCUUCAGGAUUUUCCACCAUUGCUCAAAAAAUUCAGCCACAGUUAAAAAAACAUUUGAUUAAGCAACUUCUGUACACCUGCCCCCUCACAGUAGUCACAAGCAUUGAACAUUACAUUACAGAAACUGUCAGUCUCAUCACUGAUGGUCUGAUAUUGCUUAUGUAACUCAUACAAAAAUCGACUUCUGUUUUCAACCUGUUUCAUGACCAGGCUUUAACUCCUCACAGGGAUUUAACUAAACAUAAGCUGCUAGCUUGACUGAUUUCAUAUCUGUCCUAAUCUGAUACAGAUGAUGCUAAUGUCAUGUCUGUCAGCCACGUCACUUUUAAUCUUCCUGUUGACAUCUUGCUGAAGCUGAGAUUGAUCUCCCACUCAAGUCAGAGGUCGGCUGUAUUUCAGCAUGUGCACUCAGUUCUGGUGAAUGUGGGGAAAGAUCAGGAAUCAAGUGGAAAGCUGGAUGUAAAUGAGAGUGUAUGGAAAAACCACAGCACUCUCAGAGUACAGUUAGGAGUCUUUAUGUGUGGGGGUUGUAUUUCUGUUUAACAAAUGUGAUUUUAAAUAUCACAUAAACACCUUUCAGCACGUUUUUCUCCCAAUGUAGCUCUAAAUCUUAGGGGGAAUCAUAGGCAUUGGAGUGUUUUCUUUUAUUGAAUAUGUUUUAAGCCAUCCAUGAUCACUCUUUGAAACCAUGGCAGGUGUGUGUGUGUGUGUGUGAAUGUGUGUUCAGGCUUUGAAAUGUUACAGCAGAUCAAUUUUAGAUGAUUUAAAGUUAAAAAUGAAGUGAAAGUAACUAAUCUAAGGGAGGGAAAUCUAUUAAAAAAAACUAAAAUACAUUUAAAGAGUCUUCAGAGACUCUAUGAGUGAUGACAAAGAAGUUUUGUGUUGUUUUGCCCAAAUGCUUUUAUUAUUUAAUGAUGCAAGUGAAGAAAAUGGAGCACUCAGAGUUAUACUAGUGGACUGUUAAGUAACUAAAACGCUGUUGGUUAAUCAUGAAAAGCAUUCUGAUCUUUGAUUUUGAUAUUACAUUCAUCAUCUCUUCCUUGUCCUUUGGGGGGGGGGGGGGGGGGUAGAAAGUAGCUGAAUUAUGACAGAGGGGCUGUGUAAUUUGAACAUGUAUAUUGCAUAAAAAUAAUCUAAUUGAUCAUAAAGCUUUCCUGCAAUAAUGCAAAUUAACACAGAGUCACGGUCACCUCAAUUAGCCCUCAGAGAUCUUCAAUGAAAAACACUAAAUUAAAAAACAGUAAUGCAGACCCUGUAGAUAAGACAAGGAGGCAGGAAGGAAGGAGUGGGCCAUGAUAGACUGCAAAUAAUGAUAAAAGAAUAUCAAAUGUCUCAUUAACAUGAUGCCUUCUUUUUCUCCAUAGCUGUGUGGUGUAUCAGGGAGAUAUCAUAAUGACACAGCAGACUCAAGUAUGUUUUAACCAUGAAAAAUGGACAAAAGGUCAGCGUCAUUAAUGCACAGAUCCAAGUUAUGACACAUCUGUCUCUUCACUGCCCUUCACUGCCCUUCACUCUCAUUAUAAACUCACAGCCUUUACUGUGAUUAAUCACUAUGAAUGUUUUGGACAAAAGUUUAAGUGUUGCUUAACCAGUUUCACUACUAAAGAUCUCUUAAAACAGCAUGAAGCAUUUGAAGGUUUUGGUGUACGUGUGGGGGCAGCAUGUGAGAAAAUAAAGAACAAUGAGCAAAUUAGAAGGGAGCAUGAGAGAGAGAGGGAAAAGGGUAGGACUCCUCUUCUCUAAGAUGGCACCAGAUCUGUGAAUACAACAACAGGCUGUCUCUCAAGAGUAGGAACACCCAGACCUGACAGUGAAAAAUAAAACAGACCUGUUACAUAAUACAUUUUUUUUUUCUGAUUGUAAACUGACUAUUGACAGGAACCCUUACUGGCAACAUUUCUCACAGCCAGUAUGAGAAACCUCAGCUCUGCAAGGAGAAAUUGACAACAGCACAAUGUGAGAGGUUGGCCUUUCAGUGCUGUCAAUGUUACAAUGUUGUUACACGCUCUGGCCUCCUGAUAGCAUCUGUGGUGUUAUUCUUCUGUUAUACAACAGUAGGCUGUUAGAGGUCUGACACAGUCAUUUGUCAUCAUAUCUGCGGGGAAAUGGUGUGCUGCAAAACCCUGCAUGUAUUUUAACCAGAUUGUUUUUAUUGUGAUAAGCUGAGGAGUCUGUGAUAAAACAUGAAGGAAUGUUAGAGAGCUGUCCAAGAGAGCAGGUGCCUGGUUAACUGGAAUGAUUCCUAUUUUAACACAUACUGGAUUUUACAUGAGCUGAUAUUUUUAAUUUUAUCAAUGUUACAACUCAAAUUCCAUCAAUUUUGAACUGUAUUUAAUUUAAAGAAUUGUCUGGGAAUGAUCAAGGUAUUUUGCCUUGCCCACACCAUAUCAGGUACCCUACCACUCCUUUUUCUUCUCUUAUUAGUUUAUUUUUGGCCCUUUGAUGCCUUCAUCUGGAGACAGAACUGUGAAAAGAGCAAGAAACUGGGCUCAGGAUGAGCUGUGACAUGUGGUAAAGGGUCAGGAGCAGGAACCUUUGAUCAGCUUUGCAAAGACACAAGCAAAGAGGUGGUGUUCAAUAGGUUUUCAGCCCCUAAAUUAGCUUCAGUUUUUCAACACCUGCUUAAGCCACCUGAUUGGUUAAAACAUAUGGUCUUAAUACCCAAAAAAUGUAUUUUUUAGCAUACUGUAUAUUUCAACAAUUUUAGAGGGUCCAAAGUCAGGGUGUUGCACUGCCUCCUGCUGGCCAAAGUACCAGCUAAUUACUAUUUAAAGCUCCGGUGAGCAACUUUCAGGUUGUUGGGCAAAAUAGGCAUUAUACUUGUCUCGUUUUCUACAUGAUAAGUAAUAACUUUUUGACAGUAUGUUACAGCCAAGUGUAUCAUUUAUUGUGGAUACGUUUUGUAGAAGUUGUAAAAACAGCUCUGUUCCUUUAACUGCCUGGCGGUUAAUGAUCCCCUCACACCAGUUUUAGGUGUCAAAAAUUACAUCAUAUUAAUAUUCAUUAAUGGUCUUAUCUGCUUUUAGAUACCAUGAAAAUUCAUCAAUAUGUACUUCAGUCUAUUUCAUAAACCUACCGAGCUUCAAAGUCCAUUUUAUUUUGUUGUGAGUAUUAUUCUGCCGAACAUGUCUUCUUGAUUUUGACCUUAACUUUACUGACAUUAGUUUUCUUCCUCAACUGGAUGAUUUUAUAGCCUGUCUGUUUUGUUUUGAUGUCUUCGUGAUGUCUUUAUUUCUUAAAUAUUGAGAAGUGCCAACAAAUUUUAUCAGAAUUUCCAAAAAUUACCACAAUAAUAAUAAUAAUAAUAAUAAUAAUUGUUAUUAUUAUUAUUGCUAGGUGAGGAGGUGUCACUGGUGCCUAAUAAUCCUACUUCAUGUUCAGAUUUUGAUGUUUGUUUUUCAAGGACUGCGUGGCUGCCUUAACCUCUAAUGACAAGAGCUGAAGCGCACCUCUCAAUAAAGCAUGUAUAAGCUUGUUUAAGCACAAACUACUUCUGUGAACUGUUUUUUCAGUUUACUCUUCCUCAUCCUGAGGCAGAUUUUCCCACGUCUUAUUCUGACAUAAUGUCAGACUGGUUUUGAUCACUCAUAACAUCCAGCAAGACACUGAUUAUGGGAAAUUCAGUAAAUACCCUGUCAUCAGAUUGUUUCCUUUUUCAGCUGUCUUCGUCCUUUUUUUGGUCUGUUCCUUUUUUACUGUGAGUCAUGUCCUUUUCGCGGCUGUUUUGCCUUGGGCUGAUGACAUUCAGUUACUCUGGCUGUUUUUACUGCUGUUUCUUUAAGGGACGCAACAAAAUCAAGACGCGUGUGCGUGCGUGUGUGUGUGUGGCCAGCCCUGUGGGUUCUGCAGCGUUAGAGAUGAAAGAGACUGAUAUUUGCUAAAGAUGAAAAGUGAUUUAAUGCCAAUGUGGAGAGAAAAAGAAAGGAGAGAGGAGAAUUUAGGUAGUAAAAGUCAGUCACUAAUGAAACAGUUAAGAUGAGUCUGUUUGAUUGUUGAGUCCCACGUGCAGAGGUAAACCUGGUAAUUCAAUCAGACAGAUACAAAAUAUGAGGACAAUUCUUUUUGAUUUCUAUAGAGAGCUGCUGAUAAAAACCUAUUUUCCAUUCCUGACUUUUAAACAUGAUAGCAAUUCAUCUAUUUCUGUUUUCCUCAGCCUGAUUUACAGGAGAGUGUUGCUUAUGAAUAACUGAACACAAUAUAAGACAUAUUAUCAAUUAGAAGGAGCAAGACUAAAUUAUAAGCCUUUGAGGUGUUGCUCUGAUAUCAUUUCACUGACUAGCGAUUUUUGAGCUCUAAAAGCAGCAUAUGAUAUGAUGCUGGUGGAGAUCCCUUAGGUGGCCCCUGUUUACAGUCACUCCUCUUCUUUCUCAUGAAUUCCUUCAGCUUACAUUCAUUCUUAAGGGGCCACUUGUGUAAACCCUGAAGGCCCUCAGGGAUAAUUGCCAAAUUAAUGCAUUCUUGCUGCCCUGGUGCUAAAAUGAGUUUCAUGUUCAGUAUGCAUUACGGCCAAAAACUUCCUCUUUUCUGCAAAAGAAACCACCACUUACACUCUUUCACAUUCAGCUCACUUGUGUCUCUGAUUCAUGGCUGAACUACUUUUUUAAUUGGUGAGUCAUGUGGUUCAUAUGUACACAUGCUGCAGCUUGUGUAAGUGUGUGUGAGUUGUGUCAGUAACAUUUUGAAGUGAAGUCAGCUGAAUCUCUGACUCAUUGGACUGACAGGAGAAAAAAAAAGUAUCUAAGGAGAGAAGAUGAAAGCACUCAAAAUUGUGUGUGUGUGUGUGUGUGUGUGUGUGUGUGUGUGUGUGUGUGUGUGUGUGUGUGUGUGUGUGUGUGUGUGUGUGUGUGUGUGUGUGUGUGUCAGAGCUGAAACGGAAUAUGUUGCAGGGUCAAUUGAGUGCAGACCCAGGGAGAGUGCAUGUGAAAAUCAGGGGUCAAAGGUCAAAGAAAAUGAGGGAAGAGAAUCCAGCCAGUGUUUGAUGAAUUUCUGUAGUUUCUCUUCAUGUUUACUCCUCUUCAUAUCACUUCUUACACUUUGACCUCCUGUUUUCAGCCUUGUAUAAACGGAUUUCUUUUAUUCCGCACACCCGUGCAACCCCAACUCUAAGAAAGUUUGGAUGCUGUGUACAAGGUUUAACAAAAACUGAUUUUGAUGGUUUGUAAGGUAUUUAAACUCUGUAUUCAAUUAAGGAUGGUGCAACUUAUCAAUUUUAAUUGUUUCAUAUAUUUAUUUUAAUUUGAUGCGGGUAGGAUGCAAACAGUCGGGACAGGGAGCAUGUUAACUACACCCUCUAAAUGUCUGGGAAACCCAGGUGACCAGAUUUUGUAGUUUUGAAAGUGAGCAGUUGCCCUGUUCUUACCUGACAUUGGACUCCAGCUGCUUCACAGUUGUGUUAGUUGUCUUCUCACAAUGAACCAAAUUGUUUGCAAUGGUUGACAAGUUAGGUCUGCAGAUAGCCUCACUUUUAUGGGGCUGUGCUUUUGUAAUCUGUGCAAAAUGUGGUUUGGCAUUGUCUUGCUGAAAUGAUGCAAGGUCCUCCCUGGAGCCUAGAAGGCAGCAUGUGUAGUAACAAAACCUCUUUUUAUCGUUCAUCAUUAGAGAUGCCUUUUCAGGUGUGUAAGCUACCUAUGCCAUGGCCACUAACACAUCCCCAUACCAUUUGAGCUGAGAUCAAGCCAGCUAAUCCCUUUCCCCUUUGGAUUAGAGAGCUGGCAUCCAAGAUUUCCAAAAAGAAUGCCAAGCUUACAUCUAUCAGAACUUAGGACAGUAUUACACUAAAACUCAGUCCAUCUGUGGCACAAAAAAGUUCCCAACAUUGAAUGAAAUUUUUGUAUUUGAGGUUAUUGAAAAAACCUCAGCAAAAUUUAAAUGAUUAAUUCACCAUUUACAAUGGAAAGCUGUCAAUUUUCAUAUGCAUAUCCAUUUUUUUGUCUUUCUUUUUUGUCUCUGAUUUUUGUUUGUGUGUGUUUGUUGGCAGGUGCUCCCAUUCCCCUCCCAGGUGGUAUACAACCGUGUGGGGAAGUGUGGCAGCCGGACAGUGGUCAUCCUGCUGAGGUUACUGGCAGAAAAACACCAGUUCAACCUGGUUUCCUCAGACAUCCACAACAAAACACGCCUCACCAAACAUGAACAGGUGAGAAAAAACUGGGUAAAGGUUAGAAGCCAGGGGUUUAGUUAUGCAUUAGUGAUUCCCUGGUACACUUUAAAUUCAUUACUUUCAAAAGGAUGUGAUUUUUCGGUGACAAAAACAAGAUUCUAAUCCGUACAUUUUUCAGUAUUAGGAGUGGAUACAGUGAAACCUAGCCUCUGUCAUAUCUCUGAAUCCUUAAUAUAAGUUAAAUCCGUAUUGCAUGUUAAAAUAAAAUAAAGUUGACACAAUUUUAAUUGUUUGGGCCAUUGUGGUUUUCAGACUCCACUUCUGAGGCCUUUUUUAUGCAUCCACCAUCUUUACAUCAAUAUCAUAUGAAUUUGAAAUUAUUGAACUUUUACUUAACAGCAUCUGCUGUCAAAAUGUAUCCCUCUGGUACAGUAAGUAUGCAGAGCUUACUGCGUUCAGGGGGGAAAAGCCAGAUGGAUUGAUAUUUUGCAUGUGAACCUCUUGGUCACAGUGAGCAGAAAAGCAGCAGGAGCUCAUUCAGUGUUUGUCUUUCAUUCAGUGUGAGAACAAGGCUCAAGAACAGGGGAUCUCUUUUAUUAUUUCCUGAAAUAUCUCGAGGACAUGAGUGUUGGCUUAACGGAGAGAAAACUGCUUUCGUUUAAAAAAAAAAAAAAAUUACUGCUGCCUUUCAGACACUGAGACUCGCCGUUUUGUGCCAGUGGGAAUGCCAGGGCAAAUGUUGGAGUGGGAGAGUCGUGGAGAAAAAGCAUUGGCUUUAGUGAGGAAAUACAUUAAUCUACUUCAUGUGUGUUUUUCCUCUUUCCCCUGAAAUGUUUCAGUUUUAUAACUACACAAAUAAAUUACUGAAAUAAAAGAUUUUCCAGCAACUUGAGGGUUAGAUUUACUGGGCACUGUGUGUUGUGAACAUGACUGUAAACUGUAUUUCCAAACAAAGCCCUAGUUUUGGCAGGCGGGCUUUCAGACAGUGAGCUUGGACAGGAUCACUUUGGUUCAGGCUUCUGUCAGAGCAACUAAAAAAGGUGCUGAUUGCAUUACCAUGGACAAAGAUGUGCAGUUCACAUCUAUGUUGAUUUUUUUUUUUACAUCAAUUAUUUCAGUUAGUGCUGCUUUCAGAGACACUUCUAAUUUUUCAUUCCAAUGAUAAGAGUCGACAAUGAGGCAAUAAUACGCCAAAACUCAUCUUUUUUUUAUUUCUCUGACAGGAACACGACUUUCUCCUUAAACUAUCACCAAUACUCAGAGGUGGCUAACAAUUAGCCACGUAUUGCUGUUUUUAUAAAGGGAUACCACAUGUCCCAGUUUUUGGCACAGUCUUUUCAGGGUCCUUAUACUUAUAACAGUGUGGUGCUGAAGGGGCCAAACAUCAGGGACCCACAUUCCUCAUUUUGGCACAAGCAGCUGACUCCUCAUUAGAAACUACAGCUUUAUAAACAAUUUAUUCUCGUAUAUAUAAAGUUUUUAUACUUUUCACAACAUUAUGUUUGUAACAAUCUGCCUUUAAUCCCUUCCACUUGAGUUUCUUAAGGCUUUACAAUGUCUAAUCUAAUGACUUUGUUCUGGUCGAAAUGAUUUCACAACAAUUUUAUUGUUAAAAAAUGACUUAAAUUGGCAUUAUGUGAUAAUCUGUCACAUUCCAGUGAGACUGACAAACCAAAGUGAUGUUAAUGCACUUUUGUGUUUAUAAGUAAAGGAAAAGAAAACCAACUAAAUAGAGUGUAUACUGACACUGACAUUCAGUGUUUGGGUUGGAGUUUCUAAUCUGAGAGGCUGAUCUGUGGUUAAUACUCUUACUAUUAACAAGUUCCUCAAAAGGCAUUAUGAUUUCUUCCUUGAAUUUUGCAGAUCAAAAUUAUGACUAAAAAUAAAUUUGAACCAUCCAGCGUUUGCAUGGUAAAAUUUUAGCACCCAAUCCUAGUACUCAGGUGAUUGUCAAGUACUGAAGCUCCAGAGUUUCUGCUCAACCCUUCUUCUUUGACCUUUCCUGUCAAGAGCUAAAAAAAGGAGAUCAAUGGUUUGCAGUAGAGGUGCAGAAAUGCAGAAGUUAAUUUAGAUUCUGGAUCCCAAGAGCCAGUGCAAGGCCAAGCUUCCUCAGACCCACAUCUCACUUUGACAUUUACCACAAAUGCAAUGCCUCCUUUUAGUCAUCUGGGUGAGAGGGUGAGUUAACUUUGGUAGGAGGAUUGCAGCAGUGACUCACAUCCUCUCGUGACGUUAUUGACAACAGCCUUCAGGAUAAAAGCUUCCGCAAAACCACUUUUGAAUGGUCAGCAGAUGCUAAAUAUGUAAAACUGUUAACCAGUGAUCUGAUGUAAAUGUAAAGCCAAUAUUGAAACUGUGACUUGUUUACCCAUUCAUCAAACUGCUGCUGUGCACACAGAGGCUGAGCACCAUCAGACUCAUUAAUUCUCCAGAAAUAAAACAUCUCUGUGAUGAGUGUUUUGAGCUCAGAAAGAGAGUGAGCAUUCUUGUUUCUUUGCAAAGGGGGGUGGGUCUGUUUGUUGAGUGUAUGUCUGUGCCCCUGUGAUGCUGAAGUUUGUCCCUUUUUUUUCUGUUUGCUUGUGUACUGCUCUGUGUGUUGAUAUAUGCAGAUCCAGACACGCGUCCCCUAAGUUUAGAGAUGCUGGUCUCAUCAGUUGUGGUUCUGGCUGGAGACUUCGGUGUUUCGAAUGUUUUCCAGCUGGCUCCCCUCAUGGUCUGCUAAUGCAUUUGCCCAUAGUUGAUGCCCUGUCCAUGGGUUUUGCCAAACAGUGAAGGUGCCUCAUUCCUCUGGAACUUUUUUGUGGAGCUUUCUGCUGAUUUGAGGUGCAUAGUGACACAUUUGUCCUUUUCAGCAUGAGGAGGGCAGACUGAGUGAGUAAGAGAAGUUUCCUUGAAAAAAAAAAGUGUGGGGAGAAAGUCUUCCGUGAGUGCCUUAAGACAGAGAAGACAGUAUCUUUAUUGUGAAAGUGUCUGAGUACAUGUGGCAUCCUGUUUCCUCCCUCUUACCAAAAACAUUUAGCAGCAGACAGAUGCUCUGCAGCCAUGAGCCUUGUGUUUCUGCAUCACAUAGCCACAGAUACGCAAACAGGGAAAAGUGUCUGGCCCCAGCACAAACAAAGACUGUAAAUAGUUUUUCCCUGGUAGCAUCUGAACAGCUAAACUCAUAGCAACAGUUUGCCUUUGGUCAAUUACAGAGAGAUUGGGUCAGAUUAGGGUUUGAAAAGAAGUCCAGAUGGGGUAUAAAAAAGUAGCUACAGAGACUUUAUGUGCUUGUAAGUGUCACUAAAGUUAUUUUAAUACAAUACCUGGAAGUUUUUAUUUAUCUAUGACAGUACUGGUAUUGAUACCAGUAUAUACCAGUUCCAAUAUCAGUACUGACAGCAGCACGAUAAUCUCUAAUGGUAACAGUGUCAAUAUCAUUAUCUACAUUGGUAUGCAUGAUGGCACCUAUUUCAAUAUAGUUUUUAUGUAUUAAUGAUACCAGUAUCAUGAUUAUUUUUUAUGAUUUGUAUUGGUACUAGUAUCAGACAGACACUAAUAUUGUUGUAAUUAUUGAUGCCAAUACUGGUUGUGAUACUAAAAGAAGUAUCAUAUUCUGUAUUGUUUUUGGUUACAUGGCAGUAUUAGGGUGAAACCAUAGACUGUAUAUAGAAUGGACUGCAUCUGCCUCCUUGCUGGGUGAAGCCACUACGAGAACAGCACCCUCUGGUGACGGGCUGCAGUAUAGGUCAUAAAUCCUGCCUCCACCCGCCAUCCUUACGGGGCUGUGGACAAACUUUAGAAUUUUUUACACAUGAUAUAAUUUUUACUAUCCCCUGCCUGCAAUGUUGACCUGUAGUUACUGUAAGACUAGUUCAAGCUCAAGUCCUCUUUUUUUCUGUAUAGCUCCAUUUUUAAAAGUUAUCAGGGGGUUCAUAUUUGAUUGACAUAUGAUUGACACUUGAUACAGCCUAUGGGCGUAUGAAGAUUGCGUAGCUCACCCGGGAUAUAAGCUAUUUGAGCCGAGCAUCAUCACAGCGACUCUCUGCGAUUCUCCCGCCAAAUGCGUACAAUGCUACUGCGCAAAUAGUGGAGUGCGUACAACGCUACUGCACAAUGUUGGUUUCAGGAAGUGGAGAAAAAAAACACGGAAUUACCGAGAGCUUUUCAGAUUCAAAUCAGUAUACUGGCAGAAGGCGGAGCCAAGUUGUCCAUAGUAUAUGCAGUCUAGGGGUGAAACCAGACCUAUUGGCCUUGAUCUGCUAUCUGGUAUCUAGUUUGCACCAACCUGGUACUGUCCUUGGGUAGCGCCCCCAAAAUGGAUUCAUUUUCAGGUUAAUCAUCCUGUGACUACCACAAAUUUAAAAUACUCAAGUACUUACUAAAGAGUGUUAUGUUAGCAAAACCAGUAAAAAAGUAGCCAUGCAUGUUUUUUCCACCAAUGAUAUGAAUCAGUCAAUAUGAAUGUCUUGUGUAUUGCAGUUGGUAUUUUAGGUAACUAUGUUGUCAAAAAAUCGUUAAAUGUCAUCAGUUACUUAUUUUGGAGUAAAUUCUCAUUACUUUGUGGUUAAAUGUAGGAGGAGCACUCAAGAUAAAUAAGCCGCUAUGGUAAAAUCCAAAGUGAUCCACCACAUUUGUCUCCACCACAACCAGGAUUACCUUGGCGUCUUGAGUCUUUGAAUUCAGAUACAAAGAGACAAAGACAAAUUGAACCAAGGUAAAGGCCAGGCAGCAGUUAUAGCUUUCUGCGGUUUUUGGCUCUUCCUCCCAUUUCCCCUGAUGAGCCCUGUGUGGACGCCACAGGGGCUCAGGAAGGAGGAGAGGGGGGUCGACGGGGUUGCAGGUAUGCAUGGAAUCUCAGACUGUCCUCCACUCUCCCCUUCAUCUCCCUGCUGCUCUGUCUACUGAAUGAGAGGAGGGUCUGGCCAGAUGGACACAUCCACAAACACACAAGCUCAUCAAAUGGCCAAAUGUGUUCAGGGUCUAUACAUCAACCUGGAGCUGAUGGAGGGGGCACCAGGGGUUAGCUAUGGGCUAAUUGGUCUGGACUUAGAGUCAUGCAAUGGGUUUUGAUGGGGGGGGGGGGGGUCUUUUUAAUGUAGAAUUUUAAAGAUGACUGGACCCCUCUUUUUCUGAAGUCUCUCUGGCGGAGUGCAUUGAUCAGCUGAGAAACUGCAUAAAUUUCCUGCUUCUUUUAACCGUGCUUAGGCGCAAAUUACAUCAUAGCAACAGUAUUUGGACAGCAACAGUCAUAUGUAUACUUGUUUAUGUACACAAGGCAGCUAAUCUGAGGCCCCAGUCAGAUUCCGUCUUCACAGCCCCCUCCCUCUCCUCUAUAAACUCAGUACAUUUCCAUUUACCCUGCCUCCACUUUCUAACAAUCCCUCCUGCUGUAAAAGUUUAAAACUUUUAUUAGUCCUAUAGAAUGAAUUUCACAACUCUGCGUCACUUCUGCCCUGCUCUGUCUCUGCUAGGAAACUUAGAAGAUAAGACCCAGCUUUAUAAAGGAAAAAAGAAAAUCUGUUUAUGGGACUGAGAUUUAGUUUGUAUUGAUUUGGGAAAAUGAUAAACGCUUGUAUUGGAUAGUUAGUAUUGAUGGUUUACACUCUGUUUUCAAGUGUUCGUAUUUUAUGUGGUUUUAUGACACGCUCCUCCUCACAUUAAGGGAGAUUUAAGUGAAACGAAGAAUAAAAGUUGACAGUUUGAUUUGUGGUGAGGGAUAAACAACACCUGGCUUGAAUGCUGAAGACAUACAGAGUGGGCGCAUAUAGGCCCAGCCAAGCCAUCACUUACCAUUGGCCAAUUUAAAAACUGUUCCUUAUACUGGCAUUUUCCAUGCCUUCUGCACCCAGCAUUAAGUUUUCAGUCUGUUUUCAAUCUUUAUGAUGAAUCAUUCUUUGUCAGAUAUCAAAUAUAUUUUGGUGUGUAGCACUAUUAAAGCUUUUUAGCUGUGCUACUUGUGCUCUUUAAGGGGCAAUAUGGGUAGGUUGAUGUGUUUCCUAUGGAUAAAUUGUAAGCACCAUUGUGUGAACCAAGCUAUCACUUUUCCACUUUUUGUAUGAAUUAAAAUUAUUAUUGAUAUUUAUAUUUAAAGGUGUUAACAGAUGGUCAAAUCCCAACCAUUUGACUGCGCUUUGUGUUUAGCACCAACAAAUUCAACAGGUUUUCUCCUAGGCAGUCAAUCAGAUCCCAAUUUUGAUUAUGAUCAUAGCUCCCUGCUGUGUUGCCUGUCCUAUGUAUUAAAUGAAGCUCACCCUUCCUCUCUUCCUUAACAGCAGAGCAUGGGCACAGCCCCUACCCUAAAAGAGCUUUAACUUUCACUUCAUCAUGAAAUGCUCAGAUUGAUGUGAAAGUUUUAGAGCAGGAGGAAGUUGCAGCUCCAGCUAAGAUUGAUGAUGUCUUAAACAGCAAACAGCAUCUAUUAUGCAUAAAAGGUGGAGAGAGGGGAGCAGGGAGAGGAGCAGGAAGAGGCAGAUGUGUAUAUCUGUGCUUGUCUGAAAAGCCAAGGGACAAAAAGAGCAUGACCAGGAAGAGGCUGUAACAAUCACGAGUUUGAUCGAGCACUAACGAGUUCACCACUGCUUGGAUAAAAAGUGAAAAAACGUAAUAAAGCUUUGUUAUCCCCUGAUUUCGGAGGUUUUAUUUCCAUUAUCUUUUUGUGCUACUCACUACUGAACAGACAACUUUUAAAAUGACUAAUUUCUCCUAUGUAUUUGAGGAAUAAAAGGCUAUCACAAACAGAACUAUUCCAAUAUGGGGCUGUUUAUUUGCUUAAGAAGGAGACCUCAGUAGUAUGGUCUUCAUUUAGAGAGUUCAUACAAUUGCUCUGCACUGUAUAUGGUGCUAUUGUGAUAUCUCUAUGUUUGUUUUGGCUACUGUGAGCCUGCCUCUCAAUUCAGAACUGGAACACCUCUGAGGUGUUUUUUUGUUUGUUUGUUUUUGCAGCAAAGGAAGAAGAAACUUGGAAUAAUUGCUUUAAAAAGGUUGCCUUCUUGAGGCAGUCAGAAGAGAAGUCAAUCUAGACUGGUGACUGUUAUUACAUGAACAAAAAACAGUGAUGUUGUGCAGAAGUGGAAGCAGUGGUGAGUUCAACUUGUGGCUGAAGAAUCUUCAGCCACAAGCUGACUGAAUUAAGGUGCACUCAAAGCUAGGUAAAUAAACACCCUAAGUGCAUAUUUUCCAUAGUCAUAACUUCAACUUUAUCAGUCAACUCAUCCCAAUGGGACUUUUGAGUUGGUUUAAUGUAACUAAAAUAAUGCUGUAAUUUUUUUAUGUAUUUGCGCUUUGGUUGCUGAGUGCACUCAUUUUCUGUUUGAGGCAUGGACUCUAUGAAAAUGAAUGUGGGCACAUUGAUGACACUCUUUGACUUGUUGACCCCUCUUGGUAACGCCAGAUUUGGUCUUUUAGUGGUGGCCAGCUUGGUCUUUUUCACAAGAAGUGUCCACAUUUACAUAUCCAAACUGACAAGGCUUUAUAGUAGCAACUUGUCAAAUGUGAAUACUAUCAUUAUGUCAAGAUUUAAAACUAGACAGUUUUACAGAAGAGCUAAAAAGUGUCAAUCAAAACCAUACACUAACCAGGGAAAUGUUUACUGUUGGGCUAAGUCCAUUCCUUGUAUCCAUUGUAUGUUUUGAAUUCAUUGUACACUGUCAGGUUGUGGCAUAUGAGUAUUUUUUGUCACUAACUACAAUAACAGUUUGAUUUUUACUAAGACAUUAUGCACUUAGGAUUGGAUCUCUGUUUGUCAAUUUUCUUAUUUUUUGGCAUAUAAACUUCUAUUUAUGUAGUGUAACAUAUGUAAUGAACUUUGUGUGUUUUCCUUUGCUUCUCAAGGUGGAUCUCAUGAAAAACAUCAGUAAUAUCCCUCAGCCUUUCCUCUAUACGCGGCAUGUUCACUUCCUCAACUUUACCAGGUACAAUAAGAAUAAGAGUAACUUUUUUUAAUCCCCGAAGACAAAGUCAAUAGUAGUAGUGCACCAACACUUAUCUGCAUGCCUUAAUUUAUGUUUCUUUGUCUAAAGGUUCAGGAUAGAACAGCCUGUCUAUAUCAACAUCAUCCGGGACCCCAUCAAUAGGUUCCUCUCCAACUACUUCUUCCGCCGCUUUGGUGAUUGGAGGGGCGAGCAGAACCAUCUAAUCCGCACGCCCGGGAUGAAGGAUGAUGAGAGAUAUCUGGUGAGGCCUUUGUUUAAUGCAAUAGUGAUUAAUUGUGUCUACAAAGCUUUUAGUUAGGCAUAAGUAUAUGACUUACUGAAAUUUGUUUUCAUUGAUGCGUGUCAGGAGGAAAUAUGUGUCUAAUAUUGAUAUUAGGCAUUGAUUGAUCGAUUUACCCGCCUCCUCAGCCUGAACUCCUGGCUUCGAUUACUCUGCAGUACCCUCUCCACCCACUUUAUUGACAAUUUUAAUCUGUUCUGGAACCGAUCGCCAUUUUUCUCCCAUGACUGACUACACCCAAACAAACUAGGCCAUUCCUAACUUGUCACCAACAUCCAACACUACGUGAACACAAGCUGACUAGCAUUGUUUACACCCUCCCUGUCAACUUCUUCUUCCUCGCCUACCACCACCCCACCUGGAAACAGCGCCCCCCAGAGCCCCCCUCUGGAACCCUCGCCCUCACCACCCCCACCACCGAAAAAUAGCACCAUCUGCUGUCCACAUCCGGUACCCCCUCACAUACCACCUCCAACUGCAAGUCCUGCCAUCCUCAUCCCCUUCCCCUCCCUCCCCCCUGAGUUACUUCCCAUACCUGCCUUUUGAACACUUCGAAUUCCUCCUUCCUCCCGACGUCAUCAUCACAAACAACAUGCAAACCUGUCCCAUCUCUGUCCCCUUCCCCGAUCCUCACAAUCCACCACGCAGCAUCACCAACUGAAACUGGCCCUGCUCAACACCCACUCACUCAACAAUAAAAGCUACAUUCUGCACGGAUUUCUCAUGGACAGCAAACUCAACCUCCUCUGUCUCACUGAAACCUGGCACAAACCCCUGGACUUCUUCAUACUCAACCAGACCACACACCCCAGCUUCACUUACAUUGAAAAAGCUCGCCCAGAGGGGCGGGGAGGAGGCAUUGCUGCUGUUUACAGAAAGGACAUGAAAACUACCCCCAUCUCCAUCCCCCCUGUGCUAUCCUUUGAGCACAUCGCAUUCAAACUGUCUGGUCCCACUCCCCUGAUCACUGCUGUCAUCUACCGCCCCCCAAAGCCACACCCCUCCUUUCUCUUGGACCUUGCUGACUUCCUGACCCCCAUAUGUGCCAUCUCUCCCUCUGUUCUCCUCCUGGGUUACUUCAAUCUCCACAUUGACGACCCAACCUCCACACCUGCUACCGAGUUCUUGGACCUUCGUCAAUCCCUUAAUUUCACUCAACACGCCAACUUCCCCACCCACACCCAUGGCUGCAUCCUGGGUCUCGUCUGCUCUACUGGUCUUGCACUCCAUCAUCUCCACAGCCUCGACCUCAACAUCUCUGACAAUCUGGCAAUAACCAUGGACAUUGACAUUCCCAUCCCCAACUCUAAAGAAAAACGGAAAAUAACAUUCAGGAAUCUCAAAUCCAUCCCCUCCUCUGCUUUCUCAUCAGCCCUUGCCAGCAGAUUGUCUGCCUCCCCUGCCCCCCCGUCUGAAAACCCCUCUGAACUUGUCAACUUCUACAACCAUACUCUAUCCUCCUGCCUUGACCAGCUGGCCCCCAUCAGAACCAAAUAUGUCACCUUCAAACACUCAGCUCCCUGGUACACCACCGAACUCCGCCACAUGAAAGCUCACGGGUGCCAACUGGAAUGCCAACUGGCAAGAAAACCAAUCUCAAUGUCCACCGCCAACUCAUCCAACCCCAAGGUUCUCUUUUCCACUGUCAAACAUCCUCAUCCUCAUUUAAGACAUCCUCAAACCCAAUAAAAACAUCACAUAUGUCUUCACAGCCACAAAGUGUAAUACCUUUCUGUCAUUUUUUCAAGACAAAAUCAUCUCCAUCCACCAUAACCUGGCCACAUCCACAUUCCAUGCCCCCCCCCCUUCUUCAGCCAGCCUCUGUCUCAGUUCUCACCUCUGUCACCAGCCGAGCUCCCUGCACUCAUGGCAGGCAUUGAAAAACUCCACCUGUACUCUGGAUCCCAUCCCCUCCAGCUUCAUUAAGGACUGCCUCCUUGUUAUCUCCCCACUCAUCACCGCAAUCAUCAACUCCCCCCUCAGCACUGGAUUCGUCCCCCCAUAUCUUAAACUGGCUGCUGUCACCCCCAUCCUAAAGCAACCCGGACUCAACCCUGAAAUAAUGAACAACUUCACCACCACAACGCAUUCCACCCACUGCCUGACCGAUAUAAAAUCAUAGAUGCAAACCAACUUCCUCCAGCUGAACGCCAACAAAUCGGAACUCAUCAUCAUCGGCCUUAAGACCUCCAUCAACAGCGCGCACAACUUCCACCUCUCCAUCGACAACUCCACUCUGCUCUCCUCCCCACACAUCUGCAUCCUUGGUGUCAUCUUCAAUAAGAACCUUUCCUUCGGACAACAUAUCAACCACAUCACAAGAACCGCCUAUUUCCACCUCAGAAACAUCGCACGCCUCCGCCCAUCACUCUCCCCCCCAGCUGCAGAAACCCUCAUCCACGCAUUCAUCACUUCAAGACUGGACUACUGUAACAGCAUCCUUUAUGGCUCGUUUCCAAACUCAUCAAAAAACUCCAGACCAUCCAAAACUCUUCCGCCCGCCUGUUCACCCACACCCGCUCCUUAGACCACAUCACCCCUGUCCUCCAAAAUCUCCACUGGCUCCCUGUUAAACACCAUAUCAUCUUCAAAAUCCUUCUCCUCACCCAUAAAGCUCUUCACAAUCAGGCCCCCUACAUCACCACCCUGCUCCACCGCCACAAUCCCCCCUGCAACUUCCGCUCCUCCAAUGCCAACCUCUUGUCCCCACCCCUCCGGACAACUCAUCGAAUCUGGGGGGACAGGGCCUUUUCCAUUGCCGCACCCUCCCCCGUCCAUAUCAGAUUCUGCACCGAUUGCCCUCCUUCAAAUCCCUUCUGAAAAACCACCUUUUUAAAAUAGCUUUUAACAUGUGACUGUUUUACUUAUUAAUAUUUAUUUAUUUUAUUUUAUUGCUAUAUUCAAAUUGUGUGCUUUAUGUAAAGUGUCUUUGAGUAUCAUGAAAAGUGCUAUACAGAUAAAACGAAUGAUUAUUAUUAUUAUUAUUAUUAUUAUUAUUAUUAUUGAUGGUUCUUAGACUGAGGAGAUUGCUUUCUUACAAAACUAAUGCACUGGCAAAGCACAAACUUCUGCCGCACAUAAAUAGUUGAUGUAAAGGUUUCCUGGAUGUUUUGGGUUUGAAGUCAAGUCUGUGUUGGUAUGAGCCACUUAACAGCUUAAUCUACCAUGUUAACGUGAGGUGCAUUGCUUAUCUUUGGUGCUGUCAUACAGAACUUAUAGUUGAUUCAUAGCUGUAGUUUUGUGGCCAUAACUUUGCACCUGCCUCUGAGAUAGGAGAGGGGUUGAAUUAGGAAGGAGAGUGUAAACCUUUUUCAGGUUGUGGACUAUAUUAAGUUAUUUUGCACAAGUCUGAUGUGGCAUGACCAUAACAAUUUCAUAUAAACUCCUUGUAAGGAGUUUCUUAUUGGUUUUGAUGUAGACUAAAAUAAACACUUGAAUUUACAUGUGACCAACAAAAGCAUGUGAGAACAUAACCAACAAGAUUAAUUAUUUCAUUAUAGCCAUUUUGUAUGCCUGAAACUGCUGCAGCAGGGUAGGAGUCAAAUAAAGUGAUCAACUACGUGCAACAAAACAAGACUUUGUUUAUGUUUUAAAGAGAAGCUUAUUUGUUAGCCUGUCUUUCCCUCUAUUAACCUUUUAUCUCAGCCCACUGUCCACAAAUUCCCUAUUCUGACAUAGUCAUAGACUAAAUCAAUGCCAUAGACAUUUGUGAGCUGAAAUACUUAUCUGUUUGACAGAGCUGCACAGUUAUUUUAUGACUGAAUCAUGGCCAACAACACUGCUUUGAAUCAGUAUCUGUUUUGGUUUGAAGCCAGGUGGUUUUAUAAGCCAAGUUGUGGCAUGAAUGAGAUGCUGUAUACUCGUUUGUUACUCUGGUAUGAACUUGUUUUAUACUGAUAUAAUAAGUCAUGUUAGCUAAGGAGAAACAGGAAUGAUACUGAUGUGCUGUUUAUAUAAACAAGUAAUCCUCUCUAACAAUAAUAUCAAACUACUGAAUUUUUCACUCCUUAAGCUGUCAGCCAAAUUAUUUGUUCCGUGUAUUUGAGAUGUUUUUAAUCAAACUGUGAGAAAAUUCUUUUUCUAAAUGUAAGAACACAAUACAGAGUAUUUCCCCAACACAAAUAAAAAACACACUGUGCUCUCUUUUAAGAAGUCAAAUACGUGGUGUAGCUUGAGGGGGGGAAGAAAAUUGUAAGGCCACAGCAGACUGAUGCUAACCCAGUAUUUAAAUGUGAUUAUGAUUCCAACUACAGACCUUUAUUUGGUGUAACCACAUGAGAAACUCAGUAUUCUACAUCUGUUUCCCUGAGGUGUUUAUGACCGUAGUAUCAAACUGAAGGCAGAGAGUGUGAUAUUUUGCAGAGCAUAUCAUUUAGGGCUUUUCUUCAAUUUAAAGUUGGUAUUUUUUGAUCUCUGUGGGGGAGUGGGUCAAACACAGUCUUGUUUCACAACACUUAUGGGAGCACAGUUAGCUGUAAAGAGUUGCACAAUUUAUGAGGGGAGAACUUCAAUAAAGAGCACAAACUGCAGCAAUUGAGAUUAUAGGAGAGAUUAUGGCAAAAAAAUAUUUUGGCUGUACUAACAGGUCAAAACUGUAGUUAUAUUGAUGAUUAUUAAAGAUUUUAUGGUGAAGUGGUAUCUCAGGUACACUACUAGUUGUUCCUUCUCACUGUCAGAGACCCUGAGAGCUCAGGAGGAGUGAAUGUCAUUCUGGCUUGAGUCUGACUGGGUGUAAUUAAGUAUUGCACUGCUUUCCCUUGAGUUUCGGACCAUGUGAGUUGAGUUAUUAAAGUAUGCAGACCACGGGGCCCCUUGCUACAGUUAAAGGGGAGGGAGUGGGGUGACUGUGUGGCUGCAGACUGGCUUACCUGUGAGUGUGUGUUUACUCUUCUGUUCCAAAAGGCCAAAGAACUUUGAAUGGAGCUUAUAACCGUAAAAAUCGAGUGAGUGCUUUGUUUUUGGCUAGAUCAGAUCUGAAACAGUGAUAUUUCGCCCAAAGGAUGUUUUUUUUGUUGUUGUUGUUUUUUUUUUUGUGUGUGUGUGUGUGUGUGUGUGUGUGUGUGUGUGUGUGUGUGUGUGUGUGUGUGUGUGUGUGUGUGUGUGUGUGUGUGUGUUUAAACAUUCCUUUGUGGGCAUUGUUGCAUUAGCCUUGAUUUACUGAAAUUGUUGACCUCAACAAUAUACCUUUACUGCCAAAUCUUGUAUUUAAACAGAGGCUGCUAGCAUGUUGAGCUAUCUUAUUCACCAUAUUAAAAAAAGGGUUUGAUGAAGCUGUAAGUUUCCUCACAAACAUAGCCUUUCAGAUGUGUGUGUAUGAGCAUGAGUGCCCUGCUAUGUCAACACUGUGAGUUGAGGCUCGUCUUGGAUUUAUCCCCUGCCUGCUGUGUGUUCGCCUGGCCUGCCCUGCGCCCCGUGUAUGUGAGAGGUGUCAAUGAAAGAACACUGUCAGUUUGCUAGCAGGGGCCGAGGGAACCUGAUGCACGUGUUACUGAGACAUUCCUGUGGUCUGCUUGGGUUUUCCAACAGUCCCCACACCCCUUUUUGCACACAUAUACACUAUACUACAGAAAUGCAUGAGCUGGACACAUACUUGAGCUCUGGACUGUCACGUAGGACCUAUAGUAUAGGCUUUUAUUUAGAGAGAAAUUGGAGCUGACUCUAUGGGGUGUAUGAAAAUGAUUAAUUCCCAAGAAGCUGUUGUGAGUGACAAACCAAACCCACCACAAUGUGUGUGCAUGUUUUAGCACACUUAACAUGCAAAUGAUUGCAAAAUGUCUGUGUUGUAAUUCAGUGUCAGGACCCAACCAGAACACAUAAUUUCUCACUUCUCAGAAAUACUGGUUUGAUUGGUUGAUAUUCCCACGCUAAGGUAAAAUCAUCUGCUGCCAAUUAAUCUGACAUAUACAGUGACACGCUAAAAAAACAAGUGCACCCACAAUGAAAGAGGCUGUACUGGCAUUUUUCAUGUCUUUGCAUGUCCUGACAUUAACAAAUAGAAAGGUGGUGUAUCUGUCAUAAGGUUGAUUGCCAAAGGUGCAACCUACUCAUGGUAUUUACUGUUAAGGUGCUGCCUUCAAGAUAUCACACAGAGUAUCCUAAUUUAAUUUUUGAGGAGAUGUCUGCGAUUGGCAAAUAUGCUGUUUCAUUUUUUUUCUGGAACAAGUUAAACAAACCCAUCUGGACUGUUAAAGAACAGAAAAUGAAAGCAAUUGUCUGGAAUUCGAAGUUUAAAGCAGCUUUAACUAAUGAUUUUAUUAACAGUGGACGAUUGUGAGGUGAGUGAUCUGUUUUAAAUUGCUUAAUAGUCAAAAGAAAUAAAGUUUUAAAAAAAAGGGAAAUUAAAACAAAAACUUGUACUGUGCAUAAUUUCAUAUCAGGAAAACUUCAACAUAAAAUCAGUCAAAAUACGAAAGGCAACACGAGGGCAGAGCAGCACAUUACUUUGUUAACUUUACCAAUAUACCCAUUUAAUUUACAAAUUGUCAUCCAUUUCUCAUUUCUCAAAUCUGAUUGAAAACAACAAUUAACAGAACAGUAAGAAUGCUUUAAGCACAAUAUCAAUGUUAAAUCUUUCCAAAAGGUUGAUUUUGGUCAACACUGGGAUAGCCCUACUGCACAUUAGCUGGAAUCGGUUUCAUUGAUAUUUCAAACUUUUUGUUCUGGUUUAUUUUGUCCUUAAUGGUUACUGCUGAAAGUUAGUAGACACACAAAACUAGCUUGUUAAUAUAGUAAAGGCUUGAGCGAAAUAGCCUGAUGGUUAACUCCAGAUUUGAAUGAGAGCCAAGUCAGAGUUCAAUGGAGAUUGGAUGAACAAGCACAUUAUUCACUCUCUAUAACAGGAGGAACUUGCUUGUAAACUUCACAUACCAGGGACAUUUAGCAGCUAGACUGUCUGACAUUUGGCUAGAUUGUUUGGAAGCAUAGACUGUAUAUAGAAUGGACACCGUCGGCCUCCUUGCUGGGUGAAGCUACUCCAAGAACAGCACCCUCUGUUGAUGGGCUGCAGUAUAGGUCAUAAAUCCCGCCUCCGCCAGCAAAGCUUAUGGGGCUGUGGACAAAUUCUAGAAAUUUAUUACACAGAAUAUAAAUUCUUCUCCCCCCUGGUUGUGAUGUUGACAUGUAGUUAUUGUCAGGUUUGUGCUCAAGUCCUCUUUUGUCUGUGCAGCUCCAUUUUUAAAAGUUAUUAGGGGGUUCAUGUUUUCUAUGACAGCUGAUACAGCCUAUUGGCGUUCAGAGAUUGCGUAACUCUCCCGGGGGAUAUGCUGUUUGAGCCGAGCGUCAUCACAGUGACUCUCGGCGACUGCGCAGCCGAAUGUGCGCAUCACUACUUCGCAGCACUGGUUUCAGGAAACGAAGAAAAAUCCAGGAAAUACCGAGAGCUUUUUGGCUUCAAAUCCGUAUACAGGCGGUAGGCGGAACCAAGUUGUCCAGAGUAUAUACAGUCUAUUGGAAGGCUCAAGGGCUAAAAAGAGAGUGAAUAUUGGGUUAAUUUGGCUAUUGGACAGAAACAUGACUCCAGGUGAAUGCUAAUGUUUAUCUGUCUGCUAAAUGUGUAAGUUUGUAAACUUUUACCUAAGAACAGAGGUGAAAAUAUUUAAAUUUUGUGUAAAUACUUUAUUUUCUUUGCCCAGGGUGAAUUAUUCUCCCAUUCCCUUGUGAAAUUCAUCAAACAAUCUAGACCUGCUCUUUUUCUUUGGAGAGCGUCUUGGGAUGAUGACUGUUGUGAAUUGGUGCUAUAUAAAUAAAAUUUGAUUGAUUGAUUGAUUGAUUGAUUGAUUGAUUGAUUGAUUGAUUGAUUGAAAAUGAAGCAAGUUGUCCCAUGGGAAAGGUUUACAUCACCAGUUACUUCUGAUUUUAUUCAUGCACACAGUCUAUUCAGGGAAACAGAAGGCAGUUGCAGAGAUUAGGGCCUGCAUUUUCUGUGACUGCUCAGUUGGCCUAAUCCACAGUGAGAAUAGGAACAAUGAGCCUGAGUGUGCACACAGGAGCACUCUUCGAAAUACUAAUGGAUGCUUUAGAGAGAGUGCUUAUUGUCUAUCGCGCGCGCGUGCGUGUGUGUGUGUAAAUGAGUUGUGGCUUGAUUCCCGGAGGCCCCCUAAAUGUUGGAAUAAGGGUUCAGUAUCAAGUGUCGAGCAAAGCUGAGGAGAGACUCCUAGGCAUUGAGCCUUGUUUGUGCCGAGGAAUGGCGUCACACGUGUCACUUCCUGUUCUCUUUUCUAUGUCUUUUUUUGUCUCUGGCUCUCACUCACUUUUUCUCACUUAUUCUGUCUCCAAUUUGGUUUGUAGUGAUUUCUCAGGGAGCUUUUGUGCUUAGCUUCAUUCAGGCUUUAUUGUAGGAAAAUCCUGUCCGCAGUCAUUGCCAGCGUCUGUUUAUUAGCAUUGCUUAUGUGUGUGAAAAGUUAGUCAAUGUUACUUUUGUUUCUUGGGAAAUCUUUGCACAUAAUGAUAGUUUUUUUUACUCACACGCUCAUCUAAUAUUUUUUUUGUGUCUGACACUGUGAAUUGUGGGCGAUAUAUUCUUAAUUGCACUGGAUGUUAUGUUAUUGCUAGCUCUUUGAUAGAUAAUAAGAAUAAAAGGAAGAAAAAAAAAGAUAAAUGGCAGACAAGCCCCGCAAACUUAUUAGAAGUCUGGACAUGACCCUCUCCCUAACAAUGCUGCGAUACUGAGCUGUUCUCCAAAGGUUCCUCUGGGGUUUUGUUGUGGUUUCUUUGAAGAACUUGCAGCGGUGUGCUUCACUGAUCACCAAUAAGUUCUGUUUGCACUGCACAGUGGAGCUCUGUCAUGAAGUUCAAACAAGCCCUGCAGACAUUUGGUGAAUCAGACACAAUUGCACCACAGUUUUCAGCUGAAAGGAAAAAAUAAUCGUCCAAGUGCAUAAUGGAUGUCAUCCCAGUUUAUGUUUGCAGACUUAAGAACUGCAUUCACUCUCAUUCUGGUAGAAAUUCAUAGAAGCAUAGGAGAAAUUCAGAAGUGUAGUAUUCAAGGUUUCCAUUAACAUUUAAGUGUAUGACGGUAUAAAGCUGGAACAAUUAUGCUUGAAAAUCUAUUUUCUGUGCUUUUAUCCAUGUUAACAUCAUUGUCCAUAAAAUGGUUUUGACAGUUUUCACCUGGCGCCCUGUGUUCACCCACAAGGCCCCUCACAUCUCACCCUCAUUUGCAGUCUGCGCCCUGUGGGAAGGUCUGAGCCUCUGGUUCUGUCUGACCCAACUUAAUCUCUGUGAUGGAGCAUGUCGGCCUCAGUGUCGGCUUUGAGAAAUUGCCCUGUUUAAAUCUGCCGUAACCAGUUUUAUCAGAGUAUAAAUCUUAAAGGGCAAGGUUGCACAUUGAAUUUGCUUCCACUUUUACAUCUCAUUUUGGCCUGUCGACACCUUUUCCUCCAUGUAUGUAGCCCAGUAUUAAGGUAUUUUCAGGCAGGACUACAAACUGGUACACUCACAAAGAGGGAUAAUGCCCCGUGGUGGGUUUUGCUGCUCAGACCUCGUUGCCGUCCAUAAAUUUACAUCACCUGACAUGGAUUUGACUAUAAGUUCCACACUACUCAGCUGCUGGCUGCUUUCACUCUCCUCCUGAAUGUGUGCUUUUAUUAUUUUACUCUAGUUUUUUCCUGUUAUUUUCUAACUUUGAUCUCACCACUUUAUUCUUGAAAUGUGCUAUCUUUGCAGUAACGUAACCUGAUAUCUGCAGCCUGACUAAAGUAAUUCCACCUUAGAUAUCACAAAUGUCUUUUUCAGGUGAGCAGGGAUCUGUUUUAUGAUUUAACACCUCAGAGAGCAGCUGGGGUGAAGGGGCAGAGCUUAUCUCGGUGCUAAGUUUGGCAAAGAGCUCUUGUCUCUCAGAUGACUAUUAGGGUUGUAGGGCAGUGUUGGAUAAGAGCUCCCUCUAGUGGCAAAGACUACUUAUUACAAUCUUUUUGAGUACAGGAAUACAAACCAUGAGAAAAUGAGAAAUUAACACUUACAAGAUAUGUAUUUUCUUCUUCCUGUAGGAUAUCAAUGUCUGCAUUUUAGAGAACUACCCAGAGUGCUCCAACCCCAGAGUUUUCUACAUCAUCCCCUAUUUCUGUGGACAGCAUCCUCAAUGCAGGUACCUUCUGCACAACAAAUUAUGGUGAUAUUUUGACUUCUCUUGUCCUGUCUUUGUUUUCCUAUCUCUCACCCUGUUUAUUUAUUUAUUUAUUUAUUAUUAUUAUUUUUUUUUUCAUCAGAGAGCCUGGAUUAUGGGCUCUGGAGAGAGCCAAACAAAAUGUUCUGGAGAACUACCUACUUGUUGGUAUCCUGGAGGAGUUAGAGGAUGUUCUGCUCCUGUUGGAAAGGCUCUUACCUCAUUACUUUACUGGAGUACUCAACAUCUACAAGAGUCCUGGUAGGUGCAUGUUCAUGAAUGUUUCUUACAUGAGAAAAUAAAAUAGGUAUGAUAUGAAUAGCGUGACUUUGAAGACUUGAGAAUUGAAAGUGACUAAUUUGUUCGGCAAAGUACUUUUUCGACAAACAAGUGCUUGUAGAUUUCCCUGAUUUCCAGUAGUGCACCUAAAAUCGUUUCUCAGGCUUUCAUUAAAUAAAAAAAAUUUAAAUAGUUAAACAUCAUAAGCUUAACUUUUACUAUUUCUGAAUCUUCAUUCUCAUGUUAUUGGGCCCAGGUUUGCAGUGAAGUCAAACUAAACCUGUUUUAUGGGAUUCAUACCUCAGUAAUAGUUAAAGCAGCCCCUAUUUGACCUACAUUUUACAGUGAAACUGAGACCCAGCAAUAAAGUACAACUCCCUGCCGUAGGCCUUCAGGCAUUCACCGCAUAUAAAGAUGCUAUGGUCCUUGUUGCAGCAGUCACUGGUUUGGCUCCCAGCUGCACCUUUCACCCCUAAUUUCUUGUCUUUUUUUAACUAUCCUAUCUACUAAAGAGAAAAUAGUCAAAAACCAUCAAACAAAAGUGAAAUCUCCAAAAAUGAGGUAUGAUUGUAAUCCAAGAAACUCCAGCUUUUAGUUUGAGGUCAUAUCUGGGAGGGAGGAAUAUUUGUGUUGCUGUUGAACCAAGCACACUUAAAUCAAACUUGAACAGGGAGCACAAUACAAAUACUUUCUCAUCUCAAAGUCUGACCACACCUCAAUAGCCAUCUGAUACUUCAGUAAUAAGUUGGGGCAAAACUAGUAAAUAAAUGCAUUGAGCUGUGCCACUGUCAUUUAAUUCUGGACCAUGCCCUUGUAGAAAUAUAGCAUUUCAGUCAUACAUGUCCUUUCUUCAGGAAGCAUAAAAUGGCCUAGCAAAGGCAUGUUUCUUAAAGUUUUGAAUGUGCUCUUUCUGCAGACUACAGGAAGAUGGGGAACAUGACAGGCACCGUACGCAAACACACCCCCACUCUAGAAGCCCUGCAGGUUCUGUACCACCGGAUGCGCUACGAGUAUGAGUUCUACAACUUCAUCCGUGACCAGUUCCACCUCAUAAAGAAAAAAAUCGGCCUCAAGUCAGUCUCCCAACCCACUGCCUACUCACCUGCUUUCCUCAGAGAGCUGGCUCUACGAACCCCAGAGCCCCUGGAUGAAGAUGAGGAGCUGGACACAGACCUGGAGGAUGCUAACAGCUGGCUGGUCCAUCCCUAAGACCUGUUUGACAAACAGUGGAUGCAGCCAAAAGGAGCUUAUUGGCAAGAAUUGGCUGGAAAGAGCUGGAGGCAGCCUGCGGGCAAAAGGGGGAGCAUUCCCCAGCUUUCAGCAUUCCUAGAAAAAGUGAGGUGUUUUUAGGAGUGCGUGUGGUUCCUGACACUUGUGUUUGCACAAGCACUGCUUUCCAAUUGCAAACUCCUGCUCAGCACCAAGGAGUAGAGGGUGGAGUACUGGAAGGCCGAAAUGUUCUAUUUAAAAUAUACCAAGAACAAUGGGAAAUAAUGCAAAGCUCCAUGUGCUUGAUCAAGUUUGAUUUGAACUUGUUGAUGGGUUCCUUCAAUAAAAACGCAUUAUUGCUGAAAUCUCCAGUGAGAUUAGUGCAAGUUUGAGUGAUUGAAAGUGUUAGGAAACAUUCUGUUGCUGUUGCUGUGGGAGAGGACCUCAGAGACGUUAUCCAAGAAAGAGGAUCAACAAAUGAAUGGGUGAAUGUCCUUCAAGCUGGAAUGGGAAAUGGUAUCCACCAUUGAAAAAGUACCAAAACCCUUUUUUUGUAUGUUAGUUGUCUAGGGCUGUUGUAAGUGCCAAAUCUCACCAAGAGUUCCAGCAACCUACAGGUACUUUUGUCAGUUUAGAAAGUACUGGUUGAAACGUGUUGUUUAAUUUGUGAGAUAUAUUUAGGUUUUAAUGAGGGUUAAACAGUAAGCACUCAAUUAUGAAUUCAGAGAAUUCCAUCAAUGUGUGCAAGAAUGAUCAAGUUUGACUGGCCGAAAGUGUAUUUUAGCACAGAUGUGUCAUUUUGAAGGUUUUUUUUUUUUGUUUAAAAAUAGGCUGAAUUUAAGGUCAAACACUUAAAGAGCAUUUAUGGUGCAUUAUUUCUUAUACCCAAAGUUGAAAAGUUUGCCAAAUAUCAGUGUUUCUACUGCGAUGCAUUGAAAAACUGUAUGAAUAUACUGCACUUUUUCUGAGGUGGCUUUUCCGGAAAAAUUCAGCGACCAUAUGGUCACGAAACUGGAUACUAAUUUGCCUUUGAGUUAAAACAGGAUAAUAUUGCUGUUUAAAGGUUUGUUUUUGUGUUGCUAGUCCAAGCUAACUCUAAUUCUAUUUCUCCAGCAGCUACUCUGAGUGCAUGUCUUUUUUAUCACUCGUGUAAAAAAACAUCCAGAAAGCAGUAACCAUAAGCUAAUGUGAGACCAUCAUCCUAAUCCUUUUCUCUAUACCAUCCUUGUCUCUUUACAUUGUUCUGGUUUGUGUUCAGUGUUUCCUUAUUUUGCCAGUUUUAUUUAUUAUUUUGUAUUCAUUUGCAUUCCAGAAAAGAUUCUCAGGAAGGAAAAAAAUGUCUAUCAACUUGAUCAUUUGUAUCUUUGGUUUCUGGCGGCUAUCAAACAACUUUUGGCAUUUUAAGUGUGUUGAGACAAAGUUUAUACCAUCAGCUGAAAACUGGUUAACAAUAACUGAUGCAGUCAAUCAUUUUACCGUCUUCAAAAUAAAUGUCCUCUAACUAUUGCAGCUUCA